CUAGAAGAAGGCUUGGGAGGGGUAGGAGGAGGUAGAGCUCAGCUGAGCACACAUCUCCCGGUGUCUCCGGCCUUUUAUCCCCAAUCUCCGGCUCUGGGUAAGUGGGACCCGCUGGGAACAUGAGCCGCUCGGGUCAGAUGGAGCACGAGACCCUCAUAGAGAUGUCAGCGACCACUGACGGUAAGUACUGGGAGCCACAGGGAUCUUUGGGGGUUAGCAUGGGGGAUGGUGUCAGGGGCAAACUGAGCAUCUGGCAACACAGGGGCUGGGGUAAAUAAUGGGGGUAUCAGGGUAACAUUAUGGGGGUGUCAGGGGAGGAGAGGUAACAUUAUGGGGGGAGGUUGCCCCUGGGGGGCAGCAGGGAAGCUGAUGAGUUUGGUUGAUUGGGAAUAAAGUGUGAACUGUCCCUCUGGAUAAAGAUAUUUCGUUAAUACACAGCGUGAUGUGAACAGACAUAUGGGUGGGCAUAGUAGGGGUUAUUGGGAGAUGAAGCCCUCCAUGUGUUGGGGUGACUCAGUGACUGGAAUUUGUGUGUUUUGGGGUGACUCAGUGCUUUGGAAGUCUCAGCUCUACCUCAUACUCCCUACUCCCCCACUCAGCAGGAUAUCCCCCUACAUACAGGCACCCCACCCCCAGGAAUCCCCAUAGAUUACCCAGCAUACUGUAUAUAAAGUAUUAACCCUUAACAUCCUCUAACCAUUCCCUAUACCCUUACUGUACACAAAUUCGGUUUUAACCUUAGAUAAUACAUUUGUCAAUGACUGGACUAACUAUCUUACAUGUUAGCCCUAUUUGUUUCUUGGUUUUAGUGUAUGGUCACCCCCUCCCCACCAUUUAGAGCUGUCUAAAUCUCCCUCAAGCUGUCAGUAGAUUCUUACUCUUAAUUGUAUCUGUUGUUACUUUGGAAUGACAUACAAUGCGUUUCUAUGUAACCCCCUGCUUUUGUCUUCAUAAAUAUUAUUAUUAUUAUUAUGGUUAAAACAAGCCAGGAAUAACUGGAAUGCAACACUCAUCAUGAGCAGCCAGCCUACAGUUAUGAAGCUUCUAAAUUCAUCCCCAAGGCCCGUGACAUCUACAGGCCCCUCCAGGUGGAUUAGCAAUAGACGUGAACCUGUUUGCAUUAGGUUGGCUGAUGGUGAUAAGAGUUAAAGUUAUAGACUGUAAGCUCCUUUGAGCAGGGCCCUCUUCAACCUAUCGUUCCUGUAAGUUUUCUUGUAAUUGUCCUAUUUAUAAUUAAAUCCCCCCUCUAAUAAUAUUGUAAAGCGCUACGGAAUCUGCUGGCGCUAUAUAAAUGGCAAUAAUAAUAAUAACAUUGAGAAAUAGCUGAAAGGCAGUAUCUGUGUAUCCAUGAUUUAAUAAAUGCUAUAUUAUUUUCAUGCAAAUUCUUCUUGAAAUGAAAGUUGUUUCAGUAGGUAGCCCUGUCUGUUGCUAUGCGCUUAUGUUCUAUUGUCUGACUGAGGAUUCUAAGCAGAAUUGGACAAUCUUUUGUUAUGAUGAAAAGCCAGAUGUCAUUAUGUUGUUGUUUUCUCUUUCUCCACAGAAUAAAAUAAAUAUUGACACUUUUGUAGCAAUUAUUUAUUUUAAUUUCUUUUCUGGAUAAGUGCUCUCUGUCUGGGAAGGGUUAAGCUGUAAUCAUCUGAAAGGUACAUCUCCAGCUGUUGUUAAACUACAAGUACCAUGAUGCUCUGCUAGUUUUGCAGAUGGCAAGUAGUUCAUCAACUGCUGGGGAUUUUCUGUUGGUCAGCCUAGCUCAGGUUAAAUAUUUUGGGAUAUAGUGAAUUGAAAACUGAAUUGCAAAACAAACGCAAUUUGGAAAAAUUCUGAAAAUUGUCUUUAGUCGCGGAUUUGCUUUCAUAGCCAAAAUGUUGUAUUUGUGGUGGGGGGUGGGGAGGUUGUUUGUUUUAAAGAAAUGUUAGGUUGCCUAGUACUUUUAGAUACAGGCCUCCCCCCUGUAAAACAAAAACUCUGAUAAAACCACUGAUUUUCCAGCCCAGUUUCUGCCCAGCAAGCCCUCCUUGUCUUCUUAGGUCAUCUUGAUUGAUGGUCUCUGUUCUGAUCAAAUCUAAUAGGGGACCUACUAGACACAUGCGCAACAGUCACCAAGCACCGCCAAUUGGAUGGUUCUCUGAAAUGCGAUGCUAUAAAGAAUAAAAAGGACAGUCUAUGAAACCGAACUAUUCAGUAAGAUGAAGUGGUUAUGGUGCUUAGCAUUUCCAUUUAAUUCUCUACAGCUUCAAGACUAUAAGCAAACUGAAAUCCAAAUAGCAACACUUUUUAUUUCAUAUCAGGUACUUUAGGCUAAAUUUUGUCAAUUUGAGUUAUAAUUCUUAUUAUCUGAAAUGUAGUCCGUUACCCUGGCUGUAUUUUUAGAAAUAGAAGUGAUGACAGACAAUUCCCAAGCUUUGCCCCAUGAUAAUUUUGGGCUCUGUUUAUUUCCAUUGUGCAGCGCUAUGGAAUUUGCUGGCGCUAUAUAUAUAAUAAUAAUGUACAUUGUAAGGAAUGAUACAAUGUUAAAUCUUGACUUGUAAUAUAAUCUACCCAGCAUUUUUGACCAGCUUGCAGAUAUAGACAUCUGUCUGGGAGGGGAGUUUGCCAAUAAACAUUACAUAAAUAGAAUCGCAUACUACGCCUUAGUGAAAGCCCUAGGCCAGUGAUGGCUAACCUUCACACCAUAAAUUGUUUCUGGACUACAAUUCCUUUGAUGCUCAGCUUGCUUUUAGAGUCUAAAAGCUAGCUGAGCAUCAUGGGAAAUGUAGUCCAGAAACCAUUCAUGGUGUAAAGGUUAGGCCUUCACUGCCCUAGGCCUUGCCAUCUUGGACCAAUACACGUAAUGUUUUUUGGUAUUAUCACUGGGUAUAAAAGUGACAAUUUGUCUUAUUCGCUAAACUUGGAACUGUCAGGGAAAUAGUUUUUUUAGGACACAAUAUCCAAAUAGGGACAAUUCUUCACCUCUGUUUCUUGUCUGCUGGCUUUCUGUUUAUUUAGCUUCCCGCAAUUUACAUUUUUUUUGUAAAACCCAAAUUGCCUUUUACCCUUUAGCGAUGCAAAUAAAACACUCUGCUACACCAUAGGCCUUAUUUACUAAACAGUGUGGUUGUGCUGAACUGGUAAUUGAAAUUAGUUGUGGCUCAGCUCUGCUACGUCUGCUUAAAUAUGGCAAUUCAGUUGUCAGGUCGCAGUUUACUGAAUCAUAUGUUAAACCUGAGAAACACUGUACAGAGAACAUGUGGUUAGCGGUUCCCUGGGCAACUUAAAAAUAACACUGUGUCACUUCCCUGUUCUGGUAUCACUACGGAUGAUCUGAGCUCUGCAAGUCCACAUGGUCAGAAAGAUUUUGGCUAGGCAGAAAAGGAUGUGACUAAGGGUCAGAAAAGUUGAGGAUUAUAAACUAGUGUGUUGUGGAAUAUUGCUAAGUGAAUUUCCAAAUAUAGUUUAAAAAUAUCUGUGUUAGGGAGCAAAUACCAAUCUGCAACGCACUACGUUCCCAAACUCUGCUAUUCCGAAAUCUUAAGAUUUUUUUUUUUUUUUAACCAAACAGGGAAUUGUGUUGAAUUGCAAAAUCAAGGUCAAGCUAAUGUAUGUGUUUUAAAGAAACAGAAUUAUCUGAUUUUUAUUUUUUUUGGAUAGUGAUAGAUUUCAGGAACUGAAGCUUUUGUUUAAUUUUUGUUUUUGUUUUUUAAGCUUUGCUGAAAAAGUUGUCUGAGCAGGGCCCUCUUCUUUAUGUGGAUGUUAUUUUGUUUAAUUACUUGCUGUUUAACUUCCUGAUUGGAAAAAAUCACAACGUGCUGUGGAAUAUGGUGAUUUUGUUUACUUAAUACUGCUGGCAUACCUCCCAAGUGUCCCUAUUUCGGAAGGACAGUCCCUAUUUUAGGCCCAAAUCCCUCUGUCCCUAUUUUCUAGGAGUUCCAUAUUGUUGGUGUGUCUGAGUUUAUAACAGAGCUCCACAGCAAUAAUACUCCCAGUAAUAUGUCUUUAAACUACAGUAAAUGUGUUUUACAUAGUUACAUAGCUAAAAAGAGACAUGUGUCCAUCAAAUUCUGUUUUUGCUGUUGAUCCAAAAGAAGCCCCCCUCCCAAAAAAAAACAGUUAGAAGCUUCCAAUUUUGCAACAAACUCGGAAAUAAAUCCUUCUUUACUCUGGUAUGGCAGUCACAUCUCACCAUAGGAUCAAGAAACUAUUACCCCAGAUAUUUAAAAUGAUAUCCUUGAAUAUAGUUUUUUUGCAAGUUUUAGAAAUCAGUCUGUGUAAAUAAGAUACAUUGUUCUUGUUUUUAAGUUUAAUUUUAGCUCUAUAACUUAGUAAGUCACAUUUAGCAGAACAGCCCUGUCCCUGUCCUCACACCCCUAAAAUCGAAGUGUCCUUCUUUGUCUGUAUGAAAUGUUGAGAGGUGUGUAUUGGUGAUAAUAAUCUUAUAAAUAUUAGAAAAAGCAUACUGUGUAUGUCACCCAGAGCUGCAGGUCUCUUCUGUCACUUGUGUUUGUGUCCUCUGGGUAGCAGGGCCGGAUAAGGAUUCCACACCCAACAUACAAGUCUCUCUCUCUGGAAAUUCUGUAAUUGUAGGUAUUUAAGGCCUCGGGGUAAAUGCAGAGAAUUCCCGUGUGUCACUGGCUAACAUACUGGUGACACGGCACCAUUACUUAAACACGUUUUUUACAGUUGUAUUGAUUUAGUGGUGGCAGGUGUAAAUAUUUUGGGCUGUUCGUUUCUUGAAAUUCCAUAUAUUCCUCCUGCUAUGGAUAGUGGCAAUUUAGUAAGACUCCAACAUAUUCAGUAGCGCAGUGAAAUAAUCUGAGUAUAUCAGCAGCCUUAUCCUGCUGUUUGUCCAGGAGGAUAAAAUUAGUCUUAGGAACGAGAGAUCUAAACAUUCCUUGUUUGGGAGAUAGUACUCCUUACUACAUUCACUGGGCUAGUCAUUUAAACUGAACUGCAAAAGUGAAUUUCAAAUUCUCUCUAAAAGUCAGUUUUUUUUCCUGCUGACCUAUUUUGGCAUUAAAUUUGAAAAGCACUUUCUUGGUUAUUCACUAAUGUGUGAAUUGCUAAGAAUUAAUAAAUUAAUCGUAAUUCAUUUAGUAAAUAAUCAUUCAAUGAAUCAGACUCCACAUGUAAAUUCUGGAUGAUUGAUUUGCCUGGAUGUAGAUUAAAAGGCAUUUGAUUUGGGUUUAAAUUGACCUCGAUGUAACUUAAUACCCAUGUAAUAUGACAGUGUGGGCAGCCUCAUGAUUGCAGAACUCCGAGGUUUAUUUAUUAAAAAGUUCAUUGAGGUGGUAAUCUUGUGUUUGUUUGUGUUUUUUUUUUUGUUUGUUUGUUUUUUUUAUGUUUCUUAUAUACCGCAGUGCAAUUUUUAGUUAAUAAAUCCAUUUGACACAUUUGGCCUUCGAACUGAGUAGUACUGUAGCACUGAAAUUGUUAAAACCUGUCCCUAUGCAGGAACUCGCUAAGGCACAAAUUGCAAAUCACUGACGAGGAUAAGUAUUCUGUUGUACAGUGACAAACAGGAGGUUUGAUUAUUUCAGCCUGAAAUUCACAGAACUAUUGUCAAUUCUUCACAAUUGCUGGUUUCAUAAUAACCAUAUAAAUAUUUGCCUUUGAUAGCAAAUGUAAAUAAGUGAAAACAGGGAGCGACUAAUAAAUACAGCCAGGCUCUACCUGAAUCCAAGGGUUUGUGAGAUUUGAUAAUUUCUAAGUAUUCUGUAUUAUUUCUCCCUUAUUGCUAAUCUCUGUAAAAUGCCAUGGUUAAAGGUGUUAUAUAAACUGUUAAAUAAUGAAUAAAAAGGAUUAUUCACAAAAGUGUGAAAUGUGAAAAAGUGCCUCUUUAGAAAUUUGAGUUUGGCUAUCAUGGGCGAACGUUUCGAAUGUACUUUGAAUUCAGCCCUGUCAUGCUUGGAUGACUCGAUAGUUGAAUGCCAUUACCCAAAGGGAAAGCAAAUUGGGAAUUAUAGAGUUAUACCUUAAACUUUGAAUUAUUGGGAAUUGAAAGAAAAUUCAAAGUUAAUUUUAAAUUAUAGGCAAAAAAAAAUUGGCAAUUUUUUUUUGGGGGGAGGCGGAGGGGGGAAGGGAAAGUCUGCUAUGUUUACAGUUAAGCUAUUAGGCUAAAAUUUGAAAAUCCUUUUCAAUUAACUUUAGUUUUCCAACAAUUUACACUUUGUGAAUAACUUUUUUAUCUUGUUUGUUCUGACUGUAAUAUAAAAAAAAAAAAAAAAAAAAAAUUUUUAAAUUUGUUUUAAUAAAUGAGUACUUACCUGGGCUGUGGCUUUGGGGCAGUAUAUAUGAAGAAUAUUAAAAUCAUUUUGAUCUAAAAUCUAGUGAUUUAAAUGGAAUAUUAGAUGUUAGACAUCUGGUCUGACUUGCAUUUCAACAUUUAAGCUGAAUUACAAAUGUGAUCUGUACACAAAUUUAUUUCACCUGGGCAACCGCGCCUCCAGGUUGCUGACAUCUGUAGCCAUUGUUCUUCGCUCUGUUGCUUUUUUUGUUUUGUUUUUUUUUAACGCAUGACGCCUGUCCUUCCACAAAGACCUUUUAAGACUUAAUCAAACUCCUUGUACGUCUGCGUUGGACUAAUUCUUGCUUGUGAACUGAUCUCUCCAUUUCUAUUUUUAUAUGUUGUUUUUUUAUAUCCUUUGAUGCUUACCUACCCUGAGUCUGGGAAAUCUGCCUCUAUGAGCCUUUCCACGAAGUAAUUUGAAAACAAAAAAAUAAAUCUAUAACCACAACCACUAUCAAAGGAUUCUGUCAUAAUCAAUGCAGUAAACUGCAGCCACCGUGUCGUUAUGAUAUUUCAUGUAUAUUGUGCUUCCAUGUGGCUUACAAAUGUAUGGAGCAGGGGUAGGCAACCUUUUAGCAGCAGUGUGCCAAAAUAAGAUUGUCAUGUGCCGGUCCUAUUAUUUUAAAUUGAGGUGUGUAUUCUUCUUGUGUUAUUUCUACUGCAGUUGCUUUGUAUCGUUGUAUAUGUGCGUAUAUGAGCUAUUAUAUUUUAUAUGUUCAUGAGUAGUUUAUGGUAUCGUGUACGAUACCUAUGUAUGGGGACUGCUUGUGGAAUUGUGUUUGUGUGUAUGUGUGGGGCUGUUUGGGGUAUUGCAUGUGGGGUUGUGUGCAUGUGUGUGUAUUGUUAGUGGUGUUGAGUUUGUGUGGAUUGUGGGUGGGCUGUUCGUAUUAUUUGUAUUAGGGGAGAGUUAUUCUGCAGCUCUGUGUGUAUCUAGUAGUGUGGAUGGCUUCCCCUGGGUUCCAGUGGGGACCAGGCUGACCAGGUACAGUUUAAGGACAGGAGCUGCAACAGCAGAUCUCUACAUAUUCAUAGGACUUAACUGAUGGUCUUUGGGAUCCACUGUAGUUCAAGGAACUGAGAUUUUGUGUUCCAUAUUGGAAAAAGGGUGUUCCAAUAUUUGUCAUUUUUUACAAGUUGGGCAAAGGAAUGUAGUGAGACUCGGUAUGAAGAAAUGUUACUCUUGAGGUAGGCAACCUUUGGCACUCCCAGAUAUUGAGGGCUGCAUCUCCGCUAAUGGCAGUUAAUAUUAGGCCCUGAUAGCAAAUGACUGACCACAGAGAGUGGCCCUUAGUGAAAGACUCCAAUCCCUCUGUCCUGCAAACACAAGUUGUCAUUAACUGCUGAUACCUCUGCCUUGUGAUGGUAAUGGCCUGCGUCUGGCAGCGAUGUUUAAUGGUGGACACUCCUGUUGGGAGGUGGUUAGUGACCCACACAGACUUUAGUGCUGGGAUGUUUUUUGUGGAGUCCUUUCUUGCUAUUUGUCCUGUAAGUGCAGGCAGGGUAUCCCUUAUCACCUGAUGUGGCAACACUUGUAAUUUAAGUGUAAGUAGCCAACUUCAAAGCAGACAUUAAAACCUCCAUAUUAUGAAGCUGUGUAAUAUGACAGAAAUAGAUGUGUGGUCACACUGGCAUGGCCAGCAUGGGGUGAAUCUCCAAAUAUAAUGUAGGAGUCUGUAAUUUGGUUUUACAGCAGUCUGUCUUCAGCUUGUUAUAUGUAUGUACGUCUGGGGAAAACUAGAAUAAUUAUACACCUCUUCUUUUAACUCUUUAAUUUCAUGGAAUCCUUCCAAGCCUGUGGAAAUUCUACCCUCCAUUUUAGAAACCACAGAUAAAAUAUAUAGACCCGUAGAAACAAACUGUAAUGUGCUGGGUGACAGUAGUGGGAGCCUACUGGUAUGUCUCAUCUGCCCAUUGUGAAAUUUGACUCAUGUUUACUUGUUCAGUAUAGUUUUAUGUACAGCUCAGAUCUACUACCCCAUGGGUGCCCAAAAGGUAGAUCCCCAGGUAGAUAUCCCAUGAUGCUUUGCAUGCCUUCGGGAUACCUUUAGAAUAGCAAAGCAUCAUGGAACUGUAGUUUUUUUAAGAUCUAGGGAUCUAUGUUCUUGGAACCCCUGUACUACCAUUUCUAUAUCACUAUUAGCCUUUACUGCUUCAACUGGAAUGCUAUUCCAGGUAUCUACUACCCUUUCUAAAACAUUGUCGCUUCCUCUGGAAGGUUAGUUUGUUAUUGUUUUUUUUCCUCCAUUCCGCUGGUUUAAUAUCACUCAACUGUGAACUUUGAAGAUCUGGCGUUGGAUAAAGUGUAACACUGCACAGCAAAACAAAAAGUUAAGAAUUUUUCUUUUUUUUAUGUUUCCAUUUUUAAAAAAAAAUUUUUUUAACCUAUUUCCUUUUACCGUGGACUGAAAGACAGCCCUCUUCCCUUGCUGCAUUAAAUUAUUGCACUUCAGCUCCUUAUUUGGUUUCUCUGAAAACAAAUUGGCUUAUUGUAGAAAGCCGGUCUAGAUUUUUUGAGGCACAACGCUAAAGAGACCCUGCAUGCACCAUAACAACUUAAUUAAAAUAAAGCUGUUAUUGCGCUAGCUUAAAUUUAGCGGUCAACCCGUUAAUGAACUUUGAAUCUACUGUUGAAAUUAAAGUGUUGAAUCGCGCUCCAGCUAUCUCUGUCCCUGUUGUUCUGGUUUUGUCAUUGGCUUAGAAACAUAGAAUGUGACGGCAGAUAAGAACCAUUCGGCCCAUCUAGUCUGCCCAAUUUUCUAAAUACUUUCAUUAGUCCCUAGUCUUAUCUUAUAGUUAGGAUAGCCUUAUGCCUAUCCCACGCAUGCUUAAACUCCUUUACUGUGUUAACCUCUACCACUUCAGCUGGAAGGCUAUUCCAUGCAUCCACUACCCUCUCAGUAAAGUAAUACUUCCUGAUAUUAUUUUUAAACCUUUGUCCCUCUAAUUUAAGACUAUGUCCUCUUGUUGUGGUAGUUUUUCUUCUUUUAAAUAUAGUCUCCUCCUUUACUGUGUUGAUUCCCUUUAUAUAUUUAAAUGUUCCUAUCAUAUCCCCCCUGUCUCGUCUUUCCUCCAAGCUAUACAUGUUAAGAUCCUUUAACCUUUCCUGGUAAGUUUUAUCCCGCAAUCCAUGAACCAGUUUAGUAGUCCUUCUCUGAACCCUCUCUAAGGUAUCAAUAUCCUUCUGAAGAUACGGUCUCAAUACUGUGUACAAUACUCCAAGUGAGGUCUCACCAGUGUUCUGUACAAUAGCAUGAGCACUUCCCUCUUUCUACUGCUAAUACCUCUCCCUAUACAACCAAGCAUUCUGCUAGCAUUUCCUGCUGCUCUAUUACAUUGAAUGAGGAAGCCUCAGGCAGGGGGAUUGCAGAUUGACUGAGAGUAUCAGCCAAUAAGUUCCUUAAUGGUGUAACCCCUAAAGGUAAGCCGGUACCAGGGACCUGCUGGCACUAUUACAACUUCAUUCUAAUAAAGUUGUUAUGGUGCACAGAGUGUAUAAUAGCAGUCCCUAAGGAGAGCUGCUGGCUCUCAUGUCAUUUGGGAGGGGGGAGUAUGAUAAUGCAUUUUGGAAGCACAAAAUUGGUAUAAUUGCUCCCUGGUGGCUGGGUACUGCUGAUUAAGGUAUUUUUUAUUCUCUUUCAAUUUAUUUUAUUCCAAUUUUUUGUUUUCUGCAUUUAUGGCCCUACUUUUUUAUCUUGGUGUAUAAAGUACAGAGGACAGUAGUGAUAGUGAAUCUGUUUGUACCAUGAACUCUGUCUAAAUAUAUCAGAAAAUCGAUCAAUCGCGUGACAUACAAAUUGUGGCAGUUUUAGGCUGUAAUCUGCAAUUUUAUUGGAGUUUUGUGAUAGAGCAGGCUAAUUUACACCGAAGACUACCCAGGAAUCCUUUUUAUUACGUUAUUCAGUGGGUUGGGUAGUCCAGGUGACAUUAUGAAGGCUGCCUGAUUCUUCCUGUGUGCUAAUAAAAUCAGAGAUCUGAAUUUUCCUGAUUAGGUAUAUAUAAAUUCUACUUGCUUUGCCUCUGACUUUGGAGCUAUUGCGUUAGAUUGUAAGCUUUCGAGAAUAAAAAUAUAUUUUUAUGGGAGUGAUUUUUGUUUAGUUUUUUUUCCCCAUAUUUGUUUUGUUUUUCAUCCUAGACAUGUGGGUUUUAUUUUUUACUUAUUUUAUCCAACCUUAUCAGAUUUCUCAAGCCUAUUUUGUAGUUAAAAAAUAGGGUAAUUCACAAAACCUGGAAUUGAGAAUUUCAAUAUUUUCUCUUUUUUUUUUUUUUUACUCAGUUAUAUUGGCCAAAAAUUGUUACUUCCCUUAUCACAAAACACAGUUUAGUAAAAAAAGACCUGAAUUAUCAGUGAUUUUCUAUUAAACAAUGCUUUAAUAUUUCAAAGUGAUUUGUAAGGCCACUGCAGGCUCUAUAACUGCUUUAUUUGCUUGAAGUGGUUACAGUGUCUGAAGUUCCCUGGUGCUGUCCUCCAGUCAGUGUUAAACUGUUUUAAAUGGUUUAAUGCUAAUCCAGAGUCCCCAGCAGCCCAUCCACUGUGUGCAAGAAUGCAUUAGCCUGCACAGUAGUGGGCAGCGGUGAUUGGCUCAGAGUGCUAGCUGCUUUCAGCCUAUCACAGCACACAAUAAGGGUAUGAAUUUGACUAAGGAAGUGUAUAAUCUCUGUCUUAGCCACACCUUCAGUAGAGGCGGGGCUGUAGGCUGCCAAGGAUCCUCAUUCCGUAGCACUGUACAAUGGGUGGACGAACAAACACGUAAUUGUAACCAGAAGAGUUGGACGCAAAGGAACAGAGGGGUGGAGGGCACUGAGCUUACAUGGUAGAGGGAGUGGGGUAUAGUGACACAACAGGUAAGGGUAAGUAGCAAACUAGGUUGCUAUAAUAGUAUUCACUAUAUGACAGUUGCAGGAGAGGAAUCAGGGUGCAGGGGCUAAGCUAAUAACAGUUUAAUUGAUAUGAUUUCAUGAAGGAGUGAGUUUUCAAUAAUUUAUUUUUUAUUUUUUAUGAAUGCAUGGAGACUGGGUUCCACAUGAACGGUGCAGCCCUGGAGAAUUCUUGAAGGCAAAGUGGAAAUACGAACAGAGGAUAGACAAAGGUUUUCAGCAGAGCUUAACAGCUUAGACUAUACUUGUGUAUUAGGGAGGAUAGAUAAGUGGAAGUAGCAUUAUGUAGAGAUUUGAAAGCAAAAAACAGAAUUGUAAAUUGAGCCCUAUAUCCUACGGGAAGCCAAUAUAGGAACUGACAGAGGAUGUUGGCGUGGAGGUGGACAAGAAGAUGAGCCUCGCCACCGCAUUCAUUAUAGACUAUAACAGGGCAAUUUUAGAGCACUUAAGACCACUGAGAAGUGGAUUGCAAUAGUCAAAGAGAGGAUAGCGGCAUGGACCAGCACCGUAACUGCGUCUGGCGUUAAAUAAUGGCGGAUGCGCACAGUGCUUUUGAGAUGGAAGCAACAGGAUUUGGCGAUCGACUGGACAUGAGGGUAGAAGUCGGAGUUGAAGAUAAUACCUAAGCAGCCAACUUGGGAGGUAUAGCUGAUGGUAAUGCUGUUACCUUGCAGGGAGAUAGUCACGGGAAUAGCAACACUUGAGGGAGGAAAGACCAUAAGUUUUGUAUUGGACCUGUUACAUUUUAAGGAAGUGAGUAGCCAAUUAGAUGGAGAUAGCAGAGAGGCAGUCAGAGACAUGAGUCAAGUGGGGCAGCGAGAGAUCAGGAGAAGACAGAUAGAUUUGCAUGUGAUCCACAUAGAAGUGAUAUUGGAAGCCAAAAGAGCUGGUGAGUUUACCUAGGGAGGCAGCAUAGAUCGAGAACAUUAGGGAUACAAGGACACAGAACCUAGGGGGACGCCAACAGAGAUGGGUUGGAGAGAAGAGGCAGAGCCAGAGAAAGAACUACUGAGCAUUGGGAGAUGUAGGAGAAACUCCAUAAAACACAAUGUAUUGUAUUUCAUAAUAGCUAAACUUUAAAAUGUGCAAGUUACUAUUUUGCAUGGGUACCCCAUUUAUAAUGUUAAUAUUUAUAAUGCAGACUUGCCUCCAGCUGAUUGGUCACUAACAACACUUAUAUUCAAUAAGUCAAACAGUUUAAGCAAAUGAUUGCACGCUGAUAAACACUAUAAAGCUGUUAACGUUUAUAGCAGUAGAGAUAACCUGUGAUAUCACAAGGACUUUUACUAUGUUUAUAUAACGCAGUCAGCAGUAUAUAGUUAUGUUAAAUAUUAAUAUAGUGUUUUCUUGUUUGACGUAGAGUGUGGUAACUGAACAGUUCCGGAGCAUGAUUGAUGUGUGAGAAUUCUUCAACAAUAAAAACAUAUAAAAAUGUUUUUAAAAUGGCAAAACUAGAACUACUACAAAGUAUUUCACCAAAGUGGUGAAUAUCAGGAAUUCAACGUGAAUUUUAGUCCAAAUGUCUGAACUGGAGAAUUUUUCUAAAUUGAAUAUUGUGGCUAAAAAAUGAAAUUUGACAAUUCUCACUCUUGUAAAUAAACCUGUGGAUAUAUAUAUCAUAGCUGAUGUCAGAAAGCAUGCGCUUGCGUUGCAUUUUUAGUGGUUCGUUUACAACCUUUAUUCAAACCUAUUUUUAUCUGCAAAGUGACAGUCGCCUAGUUUGUGGUUAAUUCCUGAUUUUACGUCCAGUUUGUUUACCGGGGAACAGUGAAUGUGAAUGAUUUUGAGUAAAUUCAUUGAAGGGUUUUGACUGGACUGUGCUUUAUGGACUCCAGGCUAGUGAUAGAUUAUUUACGAGAGUUCUUUCAAAGGCAUGGAACCAAGUGCUUCCAUUAGAUAACAUUGUACGUUAUGUUGAGGUCAGAAAGCUCUUUAUCUUCUUAUUAUUGGGUAAUGAACUGUUAUCCUAUCCUAUGUUUGAAUUUUUCUAAAGCACUUCAGUCCAAUUUCUGUCUAUUCUUUCACAGAACAUUAUACUGGGCUUCCAGAAAAGACACGGUCACAAUUUAUGGCUAAUUAAAUAAUCAAACAAAAGCAGCGAAUUUAGUAAAUCUUUCGUAUUUACUAAAAGGUAUUCCCACAUAGUUUUAAAAGUUAUAAUAAAGCCAUAAAAUGCCAGGCAUGUCUUCAUAUAAAGAGAUUUGCUUGAAUUCUAUUAUGGGUUAUUAUACUUACUUAGUAAUUCUUACAUAGUUACAUAGCUGAAAAGAGACUUGCGUCCAUCAAGUUCAGCCUUCCUCACAUUUGUUUUUUGCUGUUAAUCAAAAGAAGGCAAAAAAAACCAAUUUGAAGCACAAUUUUGCAACAAGCUAGGAAAAAAAUUCCUUCUUGACCCCAGAAUGGCAGUCAGAUUUAUCCUUGGAUCAAGCAGUUAUUAACCUACAUUGAAAGAUUAUAUCCUUGAAUAUUCUGUUUUUGCAAGUAUGCAUCUAGUAGCUGUUUGAACAUCUGUAUGGACUCUGAUAAAACCACUUCUUCAGGCAGAGAAUUCCACAUCCUUAUUGUUCCUACAGUAAAAAAACCUUUCCUUUGCCUUAGACGAAAUCUUCUUUCUUCCAGUCUAAACGCAUGGCCUCGUGUCCUAUGUAAAGUCCGGAUUGUGAAUAGAUUUCCACACAAUGGUUUGUAUUGGCCCCGAAUAUAUUUGUAUAAUGUUAUCAUAUCCCCUCUCAGGCAACGUUUUUCUAAACUAAAUAGGUUUUAAUUUGUUAACCUUUCUUCAUAGCUGAUACGUUCCAUUCCUUUUAUUAAUUUUGUAGCCUGCCUCUGCACUUUUUCUCGUGCCAUAAUAUCCUUCUUUAGAACAGGUGCCCAAAAUUGCAUAGCAUAUUCAAUAUGUGGUCUUACCAGUGAUUUAUAAAGAGGCAAAAUGAUAUUCUCGUCCUGAGAAUGAAUGCCCUUUUUCAUGCAUGACAAUACCUUACUGGCCUUGGCCACUGCUGAUUGACAUUGCACAUUGUUGCAUAGUUUGUUGUCUAUAACAAUUCCCAAGUCCUUUUUGUGUGUUAUUAUCCCUAAUUCGCUUCCAUUAAGAGUAUACGUUGCUUGUGUAUUCUUUAUGCCGAAGUGCAUAACUUUGCAUUUUUCAACAUUAAAUGUCAUCUGCCAUUUGAGUGCCCAGUCCCCCAGUCUAUCUAAAUCCCUCUGCAGCAAAGUAAUAUCUUGCUCACAUUGUAUUAUUUUACAAAGUUUUGUGUCAUCUGCAAACACUGAAACAUGACUUUCAAUGCUGUCUUCAAGAUCAUUUAUAAACAUGUUAAAUAGAAGGGGUCCCAGAACAGACCCCUGAGGGACACCACUUGCCACCUCUGUCCAGCUUGAAAAUUUACCAUUAAUGACAACUCUUUGUACUCUGUUUUUAAAGGACCACUAUAGGCACGAAGACCACUUCAGCUUAAUGAAGUGGUCUGGGUGCCAGGUCCAGAUAGGAUUAACCCUUUUUUCUGUAAACAUAGCAGUUUCAGAGAAACUGCUAGGUUUACCUAUGGGUUAAUCCAGCCUCUAGUGACUGUCUCAGUGACAGCCGCUAGAGGGCUUCCGCGCUUCUCACUGUGAUUUUCACAGUGAGAAGACGCUUGCGUCCAUAUGAAAGCAUUGAGAAUGCUUUCCUAUGGACUGGCUGAAUGCGCGCGUGGAUUCUGCUGCGCAUGUGCAUUCAGCCGAAGAUGAGGCGGAGAGGAGGAGGAGAAGUCCCCGCCCAGCGCUGGACAAAGAGGUAAGUUUAACCCCUUCCUCAACCUAGAGCCCGGUAUGUUUUCCUGGCACUAUAGUGGUCCUUUAAGCCAAUGUUCUACCCAAGAACAAGCAUUUUCAUCUAGACAGAUUUCCUUGAGUUUAAACACUAAUCUAUUGUGUGGAACUGUAUCAAAUGCCUUGGCAAAAUCCAAAUAGAUCACAUACUGAAUUAUUUAUCGUCCUCACUUCAAUAUAAAGCUCAUGCUCGGGACACAGAAUAAGUAAUUGUGCUUGUAUUCCAUUUCAAAUACAGUUAUUUAUAAAAUUCAGUUGUGUAACUGUUGUUCUUUGCAAAUAUUUGUCUCUUAUUUUGCAUUCUUCGUGGUGCAGUGAGAUGUCACUGGGUCCUGUUUCGCUCUUGGUAUCUGUAUUCGUGCAGUGAGAGGUCACUGGGUCCUCUUUACCUCUUGGUAUCUGUAUUCGCGCAAUGAGAGGUCACUGUGUCCUGUUUAUCUCUUGGUAUCUGUACUUGUGCAGUGAGAGGUCACUGGGUCCUGUUUAGCUCUUGGUAUCAGUACCCGUGCAGUGAGAGGUCACUGGGUCCUGUUUAGCUCUUGGUAUCAGUACCCGUGCAGUGAGAGGUCACUGGUUCCUGUUUAGCUCUUGGUAUCAGUACCCGUGCAGUGAGAGGUCACUGGGUCCUUUUUAGCUCUUGGUAUCUGUACAUGUGAAGUGAGAGGUCACUGGGUCCUGUUUAGCUCUUGGUAUCUGAAUUUGUGCAGUGAGAGGUCACUAGAUCCUGUUUAUCUCUUGGUAUCAGUACCCGUGCAGUGAGAGGUCACUGGUUCCUGUUUAGCUCUUGGUAUCUGUACUCAUGCAGUGAGAGGUCACUGGGUCCUGUUUAGCUCUUGGUAUCUGUACUCGUGCAGUGAGAGGUCACUGGGUCCUGUUUAGCUCUUGGUAUCUGUACUUGUGCAGUGAGAGGUCACUGGGUCCUGUUUAGCUCUUGGUAUCUGUAUUUGUGUAGUGAGAAGUCACUGGGUCCUGUUUAGCUCUUGGUAUCUGUACUCAUGCAGUGAGAGGUCACUGGGGCCUGUUUAGCUCUUGGUAUCAGUACCCGUGCAGUGAGAGGUCACUGGGUCCCGUUUAGCCUUGGUAUCUGUACUUGUGCAGUGAGAGGUCACUGGUCCUGUUUAGCCUGAUGGCAUCUGUAUUUGUGCGUGAGGUCAAUGGUCCUGUUUAGCUCUUGGUAUCGUAUUUCGUAGUGAUCACUGGGUCCUGUUUAGCUCUUGGUAUCAGCACCCGUGCAGUGAGAGGUCAUUGGGUCCUUUUUAGCUCUUGGUAUCUGUACAUGUGCAGUGAGAGGUCACUGGGUCCUGUUUAGCUCUUGGUAUCUGAAUUUGUGCAGUGAGAGGUCACUGGAUCCUGUUUAUCUCUUGGUAUCAGUACCCAUGCAGUGAGAGGUCACUGGGUCCUGUUUAGCUCUUGGUAUCUGUACCCAUGCAGUGAGAGGUCACUGGGUCCUGUUUAGCUCUUGGUAUCAGUACCCGUGCAGUGAGAGGUCACUGGGUCCUGUUUAGCUCUUGGUAUCUGUACUCGUGCAGUGAGAGGUCACUGGGUCCUGUUUAGCUCUUGGUAUCUGUAUUUGUGUAGUGAGAAGUCACUGGGUCCUGUUUAGCUCUUGGUAUCUGUACUCAUGCAGUGAGAGGUCACUGGGGCCUGUUUAGCUCUUGGUAUCAGUACCCGUGCAGUGAGAGGUUACUGGGUCCUGUUUAGCUCUUGGUAUCUGUACAUGUGCAGUGAGAGGUUACUGGGUCCUGUUUAGCUCUUGGUAUCAGUACCCAUGCAGUGAGAGGUCACUGGUUCCUGUUUAGCUCUUGAACCAUACCACUGCAGUACAUGCUGUUUGACAUUAAUUGUCAGACUACCGUGGGCACUGGAACACACCCCAAAUUGUAUGAAUAGUAGUGAAUAACUAUUGGUUGCUGGUUGGAUGUGAAUGAUUUAGUCUUAUAUCAUAAAAUAUACUGUAUACGUGUGUUUCAUGUAAUCUUGCUACAUCUUAUUACCUCGGGUUUAAAAAAAUAAAAAUGCAGUUUUCAUCAGAAUUGAUAGUUUGCUGUACAUGGGUUGUAAAGUAAACCUCAUUAACUCGAUAUACUCAUCCUUUAACCUAUUUUUAUUUAUUUAAAGAUGAUAUUUCUGUACUAACCGACAUCAGGAGCCCCGAUUCAGCAGGUAUUGUACUAACUAUAUUGUAAAGUCUGUGUGUUGUUCGUGUGUCCUGUCCUGGUAUUGGCCAACCGAUCUGACUAUAAUCUCAAAUCCUUCAAAUGUUUUAUUUCUCAAUAAUCGUGGUAAUAGCAAUAGAAAUCUUUAUAGAUUAACAGGGCUUCAUUUUCAGAACUGAUUCUAGAUUGAAACUUAUACUUUGUAAGUGUGUCCUCCCAGACUACUGAAAGCCAAAAAUAUAAAGGAAUAUAAUAAUCUGCUUGAACACAGUAUGUCAUCCUAAUCGGGACACUUUGAUUACGUUUCCUGGUCCAUUGGCCAUGCUGCUGUUAUUUUAUUUAUUUUUUUAAGCCUUAGAACAAGCUCAUACAUUCCCUCAGUCAUGUGACUAUCAUGGCUCAGUCACAUGACUAAUCUGAGCAUUAUAUUUUGUAUUUAGAGAGAGGUUCGUGUUGCUAGGAAACUGUGCAGGAUCUCUCUAAUUUCUGCAAUAGACUCUGCCAUGUACUAAUAAAAAAACACAAAGAAAUAUACUGUGUAUUAACAGAUUGUUAAUGAGCAAUUUUUGAUUACUCAAGUUUAAUCACAAAAUAGAUAUUAUUUUAGCACAAUCUUGUUUUGUGCGUAUCAUGAUCUGCUGGUUUCUUAAGUGUCCUUAGUUUUAUCCUAUAUUAUCAGUUACAAUUGCCUCUGAAAUGAAUUACCCCACAGAAACUGUGCUUUAUGCUUCUAAUGGGUGUAUGAAUAAACUCCCCAUUAGUCUAUAGACCCAUUAGAGUGAGUAAUGUGUGCAAAUUGUGGCAGAUUAAUAUUACUGAUAUAGAUAAUGCACAAGCACAAAUAUUAAUUUUACAAAGAAAAAUUAAAAAAAUAAAUAAAUUAAAUGGGAAUGUUGCGGCAAACAGCCCUCACCCAUUUUGGAAGAUGCUUCAAAAAUCAGAAGCCCCUCAUUCUGGUCAAGGGGCUUGGUAUCGAAUACAUUCCUGUAACAUAGAUGAUUGAAGGAAUGCAGCUCUGUUUGCAAGACAAGAGACCUCCUUGUACCAUCACCUGUGUGAUCCCCAUGGGUAGAUAUGAUGCUUAGAGUGAUUAGUUAGUGUCUAUAGUUCUAGACAAUAUGUCUACAUAUUUGAAAACCAGAUCAACCUCUUCUUCUAAAUUCUUUGUUAUCAUCUCCAAUACUACAUUUCUUCCAUGUGUCUUUUGCAUUGCCGUUGAAUUGUUUUUUGCUUGGUUGUGGGGAGGGGGAGGGGGGGGGGCUUAUUUAAAUAAAACCUAUCAGGCAAAAAUCUAAAAGUGGAAACCAAAGAAAAUAUUCCUGGUGAUUGGUCAAGCUCUAGCACAACAUAAUUGCCCAUUCUACAAAACUGUCUGUCGUUGUCUGUCAGAGACACAGAGUAAAUGAGAAACACUCAGCUGAAACAGUUCAUUUGUUUUUAGUGUUCAUUCAUCAGUAUGUGUCAGUCGUCAGUUCUGUAGCAGAUUUUAGAGAAUCCGAGAAGCUGCUGCUUUGUAAUAUUGUUUCUGAAAAUGUUCUUCUCCAUGUGACUCUCACCCCUGCUUUGGGGAAUGACGGAGUCUGGGAGAUUUCAAUGUUUGUCUUUUCAUGAGUCAUUACUUGUUUGUGAAUCACAAAUUGUGGAAAUGUAUUCAUAAGGUAUUUUCAUGAUUUAAACUUUCCGUUUUUAAUGAUUUCACGUCCAGGGGGUGAAAUUUAUGCAUAAUAAUAAUGAACGUGUUUCUUUUCUUCUUUCUAGGGGAGGACGGAAACGGGCCAUUCUUUGAGACUAACUCAAACAUAGACUCUGAUAACCCUGGAAUCUCGGAGGUGAGUGUAUUUACACAUACACUGUGUUCACUCAAAACGAAAAAAACUAAACGCACAAAAAAAACCAAAACGUAACUUCGUUUAAAGGAAGCGGAAUUUACUAGACCGUCACGCAGAAUACUCUUUUCUGUAAAUAUCUAUAUUAUACUUCACUUAGAGGAAGCAGAAUUACUAGACAUUCACACAGAAUACACUUUAUUUCUGUAAAUAACUAGAUUUCUGUUUUUCUUAUAUAACGCUUCUGAUUUAGGGUUAUCGUCUCACAUCAGGGAAAAGAUUAUACAAGUAUCCCUUUUAUUGUAAUAGUUCAGACAUGGUGGAAAAUAUUGUUAUAGAAGCAUUAAGACAAGGCUUGUGACCUGCAGAUUUCCUGUAAAAGAAGGAUAAAUAAAAACUGGUCAAAUGCCCUUUGUAAUGGAAUUGUAAAUAAUCUGUUGGUAUUUCUGGGAAUGCCACUUUAUACAAAUACCAGCACAAUGUAAAAAUGUCUUUAUAGAUGAAUAGUGCCAACAUAAAGUAUGUACAGUUCCACAAAGCACUUGUAUUAUACAAGGCAUUGCAAGCCGAGAUGUAUAUCCCUUGUAUUCACCUUGGAGCUCCCUAUCUCUUCUCCUAUAUAGCUGAUUACUCCAAAGAAUUUCCCUAGAACGUACUGUUAUGACCAAUUUUGUAAAUGCAUGGUAUUCAUUGUCUCUCCCACCAAGUAUUCCCAACAUUAUGGCACCCAUCAUCCACUUACUAACCUCAUAAUUAAUGUUUGGAACAUCAAAGGACAUAUUUUGCAUUGCCACUAACUGCAUUCUAUAUUUUUCCCAUGAUGCCUCUGUCAGGGCUUAAGCAGCACAGAAAGCACUUUUCUCAUCAACAACCAUCAGAGGGUAAGGCCAUGCUACCCGGUGCAUGGGUGUGUGGUGUGUCACUGCUAUAGUGGUAAAUGCAUGGGCUUGUAGUGUGGUGGUGUCGCUUGGAGCUGGAGAUGGUGUUCGAUGGUUUUAGUGGGUGUGUGUCACCUUUGAGUAGUUAGAGCGUCAACCAUUAUUGUGGUAAGUGUGUGACAUGGGCAAGCAUCCUUGUGUCUCUUAUAACUAGCACAUUCCAAAAAGCCGACAACAAUUUACUUUAUAAAACUAAUGUAUCCAUGCAGCACACCAGUGUUACUAGGCCUGUCCCUGACUGCAGUGAGCAGCCAUUUAGACAUCCCUGAGAGGGUGAGGCCUUGUGCAAUAUGGCAAGAUGGGACUCCCUCUUAGGUCAGGAUGACCUCUCCGUACACGCAAAGCUUGACCCCGCUCUCAUCACUGACAGUGUCCAUCAAAACAUGGAGAGUCUGGCAGCUCAAGUCUAGAGACAUUUUUUUUUUUACUUAACAGAGUGCACAGAAAUAUAAACAUUAAUAAGAAAAGAAACCUUUGAUUAGGAGUGGGAUGAGCCUUUUUGUGACAAAACCGUUUUGUUUUUGGGGGGGCUUGUACCUCUUUUUGGAUCAAGAACAGCAAAAGGAAUGUAACUGCUGGGCAAUGCCCCUAACUUAAUGAUCAAUCAUUUUUUUAUUUUAUUUAUUUUGACAUUUUACAAUCCCACAUGGUGCAUGAGAUGGCCAUCCUGGUUCAUUUCUAAUAAAAGUUAUUCACUAUCUUUUAUCAGUUCUAGUAGCACCCAUUCAUGACGUGCCACGACUGUCAUGAUAUUAAGGAUUUUGACUAUUCUCUUGUUAGGAAAGGGUUGACAGUGUACGGACCUCUUUUGAGCAUCAUUUAUAGUUAUUUUUUUUUCAGUUUCUAGGGAUCAGAUACAUUGUUGCAGGAUACAUGGUUUCAUUGGAAUGUGCUGGUUGGGGUUAGAUUGGUGUGGUGUAUCUACUAACCAUCAUUAAAACUAAUGUACUAAUCUUUUCAUUGUGCUUUCUUCUAAUGUUGUUUUGUUUUUUGUUCAUUUAAUGUUUUCUGUUAUGGUAUCAUUAUAAUUUGAUUUCCUUUUUGACAUCCUGCCUAAACAAACAAACUCAUUAAACAGGUUAAAUCCAUUAACCAUUAACGGACACAACUCCAUCUAUAGGAAUAAUGAAUGAUCACUCUGGAGUGGCUCAGAUGACAGAUGAAUAGGGGUAUUAUUGCAUUCUAGUGAUUAUUGUAUGAUUCCUGUUAUCUCAGUCUGUAAUCCGUUAUCUAAACCCUCUGUCAUUCUACAAGUCCUAUCUGAUCCCAUGUAAGUGAUACUGAAUGGUUAGGCUGACAGCUGUGGCUGAGUGUCCUGGGAGCUUUGAUGGUCCCAAAACACUUUAUUAAUUUAAUCUAUUGUAAUUAACAUGAACCAUUAUUUUAUUUAUUUAGUUACGCAUUUAAUUUGUCUCCAGUGGAUUGUAUGAGUCUGCCGUCAGCAUUAACUCUUUGAAAGACGUGACUUCGAAAAGCAAUGUUUCUGUUUACAAAAAUGACAUUUAGAAAAGCCUAAACCUAUCGAUCUCACCUCCUCUUUAUUGCUAUUGCUUCAGGAAAUCUGCAAUUUAUAGCAGACAGGAUUUAGUGCAAUUUCUGGUCAUUGGCAACCAUUUGAUUCCUAGCCUCAUAGUCGAUGCCCCAUCCAGCCUGUCACACUUCUAGACUACCACAUCCUCUGUAUUAGAAUACCUGCCGUGCCCUGUAUCAUACCACAUCUAAUACAGAGUUACUUGAUUAUCCGGUGUGGCCUGUGUAAUACCACAUUCUCUGUAUUAGAGCAUCCUGCUUGGCUUGUGUAAUACCACAUUCUCUAUAAUAGAUUAUCCGUUGAGCCCUAUAUAAUACCACAUUAUCUGUAUUAGAAUAGCUGACAUGGCCUGUAUAAUGCCACCUUCUCUGUACUAGAAUAGUACAUUGCCUGUAUAAUACCACAUUCUCUGUAUUACAAUAGCUGACAUGGCCUGUAUAAUACCACAUUCUCUGUAUUGGCUUAUCUGAUGUGGCCUGUGUAAUAACACAUACAGUACUCCAUAUUAGAACAUCCUGCUUGGCCUAUAUAAUACCACAUUCUCUGUAGUAGAAUAGCUGACAUGAUCUGUAAAACACCACAUUCUCCGUAUUAGUUAUCUAGUGUGGCCUGUAUAUUACCACAUUCCUCUGUAUUAGAAUAGCUGCAUGGCCUCUAUAAUACCACAUUCUCUGAAUUCGAUUGAGAGUAGGUCUGUAUAAUACCACAUUCUCUGUAUUAGAUUAUCCAGUGUGGCCUGGAUAUUACCACAUUUCUCUGUAUCAGAAUAGCUGGCAUGGACUGUUGGAUAUUAGAUCCUCACUAUUAGACACAUACUCCCGAUACCAUGUGCAUUCCUCGUAUGUAUAAUGUAUCUUGUUUGCAUGCUGCUGCUUGCCCCACUAGCCAGUCAGGUGUAACUAAACAAACCAUGUGUUAUUGAAGUAUAAAAUAUCGUGUUUCUGUCUUUAUCUUGUGCGCUCUGUUCUUGCGCUGCUCUCCGUUUUAUCAGAAUCUCAGAAUGGAAUGUAAAUUCCAUUAUAGUGAGUUUGUAAACCCUCCAAUAGUCUCCUUGCGCUUGGUAGAAAGUGGUGUGUUUAUCCUUAGUCUGACAUGAGCGCAUUUUUGUAGCUAUUGCAGGUCACAAGGAAAUGGCACAAACACCGCCUGUUUCUGAAGCGUCGGCUGAUGGUAAACCAGGGAUUGGCAUUUCUGCAUUUUAAUGUGGUGCUCCACUGCUUUGCGCCAAUUUUAACACCGCUUGUAUCAAAAAGUCUUCCGCUAUACCAGCAUGCUUCCAGUCUAAGUCAAUUACACAAGGACUCUGGUACCGCAAUAACUGAUUACCCUCCUGCAGCAUACAAAUGCUUUAUACACAAUGCAGUACUUUUAAGGCCCUGGCCAUCAUCAGGAGACGUAUUCAGGAGUGCAUGGUGGAUCUGACAAACCUAUAGUUAAUAGCAAUCAGGUGUCUGUCACACUGACGAGUCAAUGUGAUUGGUUGUUUAAAAUUAGCAACUAAGGAUAAGGUGCUGCCAUAGGCCCCAGACAUGACCUCUCCCAUAGGCAUUUGUCAAACCCUGAGCUUUGAAGGACAUUGUGCAUUCUUACACAGGCACUUUAGGCUGGGAUAUGCUCAUUGUGUUGUAAUGCAAAUCUAAAUAUCCAAAAACAGUCAAUUAAAAAAUAAAAAAUUAUAAUAUAUAUAUAUAUAUAUAUAUAUAUUUAUAUAUAUAUUUUUACAUUUCUGAAAUUGCUGCAAAGUCUCAGGUUGUUCAUCUUCUGCAGUGAGGACAAGAGUCAAGACCUCAUGUACAACCUUAUUUUUACUCCAUUAAUUGAAACACGAGAUGUUGGCGGAAGGAAAGGAAAAAGCUACACUCAGUAGUUUGCUUAAAGGAACACUAUAAUCACCAACACAACUUUAGCUGAAUGAAGCAGUCCCUCCCUGCAUGUGACUUGCACAGACUUCCUAAAAACGUCCUGUAAAGAGUCAUCUAAUGUUUACACUUUAUUGCAAAUUCUGUUUCAUGUAGAAUGACUUGUCUCCUGCUCUGUUAAUAGCUUGCUAGACCCUGCAGGAGCCUCCUGUAUGUAAUUAAAGGUAAAUUUAGCGAGCAGGAGAUACAAACUUUCAAAGUAAGAUACAUUUGAUUAAAAAUGAAACCAUUCUGUUUCCAUGCAGUCUGUGUCAGUCACAACCAGAAGAGGUAUGACUAGGGCUGCAUAAACAGAAACAAAAGUGAUUUAAUCUUAAAUGGCAGAGUUGAACAGUGAAACUUCCGAAGCAUGGUCAAUACACACAAACUACUUCAUUGAGCUAAAGUUGCUUUGGUGACUAUAGUGUCCCUUUAACACAAACAUUUACAUGUUCAAUCAGUCCAGUCACUGCAAAAUCUUUAUAUUGGAACAUGAUCUCUUGUGUUAGCCUUCAGGCAGCAGAGGGUUAAAUUGCUCACUGUGGGUGGAUGAGGGACUUAAACAGAGGUUGUGGAAGACAGGGUGUCGAAUAAUUGGAGACGUAGGCGAGAAAUGGGAGUUUUUAUUUUUAGCAGAGAGAAGGCAGGUCAUGUAUUUAUUUAGCAGGCAAGGGUAAUUCCAAAAAUGUAUUCAUGCCAAUAAAACCCUGUAUAACUCUUAAUAAUUAAUGAAUUGGGCUUUCUCUACUAAACUGUGAAAAAUGUGUAAGCUAUAAUAACAAACGAAAAGCAGUCAGUAUCUGAGCAAAGGAAUGGCGACAUCUAAAACUUUUGUGGAUUUAACCAUUUAACACAAAAUUAACAUCUUUAUAUUUUAAUAUUUGCUGUGUGUACAAGUUUAACUUAUUCGUCUUGUUUAUUUUCUUGUAAUAUUUUUUUAAAAUUUAUUUUACAUACUGAGAUUACAUUUUUUUGAUGGACUCCAUUUUGUGAGGCUGUAGGAUAUUAGAAAUGACAGUUUUUAAAAUGGUCACACAUUGGCAUGUGUAUCUACACCUUCCUGUUAACAUUGUAUAAAACUAUGUCUUCUCUCCAAAUCUUUCACUGACAUCUAGGCCAUGUGUUUCCCUUCGUUGGGCUUUCACUGCUGUUAACUGCGCCAAAGUGGAAUGUAAUAUGAGCAGAUACUUUGUUCCCUCCGCCUUUAUGUAUCUGGCACUGUUUGCAUAACAGCCAAAUAAGUAACAGAGGUGCCUGUUUGUAAAGCUAUGUGCUCCAUUGUGGAUAAAUACAAUUCCACCUUUUUCUUUUUGUACGUAUAUGUGUUGUACUUGUGUUAGGCCAAAAUAUUUUCUGGCGAGCUACAUAACAUUACAAUAUAUAUCUGUACAAUGAAAACUGUAGCAGGAUCAGGAGAUAUGAGGGUAGGCAGGGGAAUGUCGGAAAUGUCUGAUAUGGGCAGGGAAAGCUAUGGAAGUCUCAGUUGGGAGAUAUGGUCUUGGAAAGAUCUGAGUUUGUCAACAGGAGCUGGAGAUAUGUAGGGUGGCUUAGGACAUGGAGUGGUCUGAGGUAGACAAGUGGUUCUGGACAUGCUUAUGGUAGACAAGGGGAUUUGUAGAGGUCUGGGGAGAGUAGUACAUUCUGGAAACGCGUAAGAUGGAGACAUCUAUGGUGGGCAGGGAGGAUUGGAGAAACCUGUUUGAACAUUUGGGUUUUGGAGGAGCUUCUAGGGGGCGAAAGGAUUUAGCAGGGUCUUAUGAUAACAGAGGAGUAAGUAAAGGACAGAGGGAUGGUUAAUACAUAUGACAUGAGUAAAUAGGGGUUUACUUUGAUUCAUAGGUUGUGUUUUGUUUUUUUUCCAAAGUUUAUUAAUAAAGUAGGUAGUGACCUAGUCCUUCACCGUUCAUUAAAUGUGCCACAUUAUCUGCUUUAGGAUCUCCUGAACUGUGAAAAUAGCUUUGGGAAAACUACUCCUAAAAUUUUAUUUCCACAGAUAGACAAACACCACCAAAGCAAGGAUUCCGUCUUCUUCAGGGAUGGCCUUCGGAGAAUAGAUUUUGUCCUGUCUUACACAGAUGACCCAAAUAAAGAAACAGAUAAGAAGAAAGCGGUGAGAAUACUUUGUCUUGCAAUUUGUUUCUGUCAAGGAUGUGCCUAUCCGCGUCCUGCAAAAUACAUGCAUAAUAUUUAUAUUAUCAGGAUAAUUCACUAAAGUGUGAAAUCAAAGUGAAUUUAAAAUUUAAGGUCAAAAUAGCUGAAUUAAAUCUAAAAUAACUCUAGGUCAGCAAUGCUUCCAAUUCAGAUACUUUGGCCUGAUAUGUGAAAUUCUCUUUGAAUUCUCACUUAAAUACAUACCGGGUCAUUUAUUUAUUUUGUUGUACACGCUAUUUCCCCAUUUUCGCACCAUAUUGGCUUGUCUGAUUUGUUUGAUUACCAUGAAAUUCAGCCACACCCAACAUUUUUUAUUUUCAGACACAGUGAUUUACUCAAAACAAAUAUUUUCUGCUGUCCACGUCCAGGUUUCUUGAUUUCAGCUCUUAAAGGUUCUGUGCUGCAAUGUUGCCCCAUUGCAGCUAAGGUAAUCCUUUAAUAUGGUAUGUCCCAUCAUUGCAGCUAAGGUAACACUUUCACAGAUGGUAUGUGCCCCAUCAUUGCAGCUAAGGUAACCCUUUCACAGAUGGUAUGCUCCCCAUCAUUGCAGAUAAGGUAACCCUUUCACAGAUGGUAUGCGCCCCAUCAUUGCAGCUAAGGUAACCCUUUCACAGAUGGUAUUCUCCCCAUCAUUUCAGAUAAGGUAACCCCUUCACAGAUGGUAUGCUCCAUCAUUGCAGAUAAGGUAACCCUUUCACAGAUGGUAUGCGCCCCAUCAUUGCAGCUAAGGUAACCCUUUCACAGAUGGUAUGCGCCCCAUCAUUGCAGAUAAGGUAACCCUUUCACAGAUGGUAUGCGCCCCAUCAUUGCAGAUAAGGUAACCCUUUCACAGAUGGUAUGCGCCCCAUCAUUGCAGAUAAGGUAACCCUUUCACAGAUGGUAUGCGCCCCAUCAUUGCAGAUAAGGUAACCCUUUCACAGAUGGUAUGCGCCCCAUCAUUGCAGAUAAGGUAACCCUUUCACAGAUGGUAUGCGCCCCAUCAUUGCAGACAAGGUAACCCUUUCACAGAUGGUAUGCGCCCCAUCAUUGCAGAUAAGGUAACCCUUUCACAGAUGGUAUGCGCCCCAUCAUUGCAGAUAAGGUAACCCUUUCACAGAUGGUAUGCUCCAUCAUUGCAGCUAAGAUAACUCUUUCAGAGCUGACUCCUUUUUUUGUUGCAGAUAUAAUUCCCUGUAUCCUUACUUAUGUUAAGCAUAUUGAUUCUUUAAUGUUUCCUAGUGAGUUUGUUUAAACUUACCUUAGAUGACAUUGUUCCACUCUUGGUCUCCAAGUGGCUCUAACUUGGUGUGGGCACAUUUUGAUGCUGCCUGUGUAUUCUUCAUACACUGAGAUCUUCCUGCCAUACUGUUUUUGCAUUUGGUACUUUUGGUAAUACACUUCUGGUUAUUGUGAUUCUUCUAUCACAUCCUCAGGGUUUUUGUCUCGCUAAAUUAUUUAUUUGUAGAAAGAACCGACCCAAGGCCACAUUGCAUAGUCUGCAACAAAAGCUCAAUAAAACCUCUUAGAGCGAAACGGGUGGCUGGCUGGCUACCUAGUCCUUGAUAAUUCCCUGUAUCCUUACUUAUGUUAAGCAUAUUGAUUCUUUAAUGUUUCCUAGUGAGUUUGUUUAAACUUACCUUAGAUGACAUUGUUCCACUCUUGGUCUCCGAGUGGCUCUAACUUGGUGUGGGCACAUUUUGAUGCUGCUGGUGUAUUCUUCAUACACUGAGAUCUUCCUGCCAUACUGUUUUUGCAUUUGGUAAUUUUGGUAAUACACUUCUGGUUAUUGUGAUUCUUCUAUCACAUCCUCAGGGUUUUUGUCUCGCUAAAUUAUUUAUUUGUAGAAAGAACCGACCCAAGGCCACAUUGCAUAGUCUGCAACAAAAGCUCAAUAAAACCUCUUAGAGCGAAACAGGUGGCUGGCUGGCUACCUAGUCCUUGAAGGACCUUUCUUUGCUCUUUCAAUGUUUGGGUGUGUGCGUGUGCAAUCCAGGUGUGUGGUGUGGUUUUUGUUCUCCCUCCUGUUAAACAUUGUGGAACAUUCUGGAAUGUUCUAGAUAAGUAACACAGAUAAGAUGUGAAAUGUGAUUUACGAUUUAUCACAGGAGAUAUGCUUCUCAAUGCAGCUGGUAUUAUACUUGUUUGAUGGGAUUCUUGGCAGACAGGCUGGCUGCCAGUUCAGAAUCAGAUGCAUUACACAGAAAUCUGUUCAAUUUAACCUCUUCUGUAAAGAACAUACAAAAAUACAAUAGUUUGUCUCUGGCACAGAAUACGAUUACAUGAAUAUCUGUCUGUGUGGAGGAGGAGGUUUGGAGAUUGGUGCACCAGGCGCUGUUUGCUAUUUUCUUCCUAAACAAAUAAUGAAUAGUGAGAAUAUAUUUGUCUGGUAUAAUGCCUAUUGCAACACACAGGGAUGAGGGAGUCUGACUUUCGAUGAAUUGCUCAAAACUGGAUAAGGACAGGAGUUCACCAAAGACCUGUCUGAGAGAGUGCAACAAUGAAAAUGGCAACCUAAAGUUGGUGUAAAUCCACCUAAAAUGGCUGUUGCGUGAUAUCGCCAAUCAAAUUAUGUAAAAAUUAAAUAUGAUAAUGCCAAAAAUAAACUAAAAUAAAAUCAAGUAUUUCAGGAAAAAAGUGCAGCAGUUGUGUGUGGUGUGUACAACUUUAAAUCAAUUUACACCAUCCAGCCCGGCGGGAGGGGGUCCCUGAGGGUGGGGGCACCCUCAAGGCACUAUAGUGCCAGGAAAACAAGUAUGUUUUCCUGGCACUAUAGUGGUCCUUUAACUAAAACCACAAUAUCUUUUAUACUAAAGGGAUAUGGGCAUUACAACGUAAAUGGUUACUCCAAGCACCAUGACCACUUCUACUUUUCGACGUGGUCAUGGAGGAAGGAAUCUGUCGCUGUGCAGUGUUUCUGCUUGGAAAUGCUACACAUCCAGAUUUAUUUGCACUUGUGUUCCAGGGGCUGGUUACACCACUGGCACACGUGACUUUAGCAGCCCAUAACCCAGUUCCAAACUGCCAAAUGUCAAUUCUGUGUAUAUUUUAUGUUUGUCGUCUGUGAGCACUGCAUGCUGGCAGCAGACGUAGUCAUAGUAUGAUUCUUCACUGGCAAGCAGUGCCGUGAGGGUGUCUGCAAUCAAAGCUUAUGGACCUUGUGUUCUGCCAUAUUUAUCCCUCCCUCCCUUCCAAUAGAUCCAUUGCAUUGUACUUUUUCUCCCUUCAUUUUCUGUGAUAUUCUCACCCCUCACAUCCUCCUAUGUGUUAGCCCCCUCCUUCACCUCCCUCUUGUCUUUAGCUCUGAAAUGAAUGCAAUUGCAAUUGCCCUCUGCGCAUGCACCCAUGACCAAUGAAUGCUUUUCUAUGAGGUGCAUUUGAUUGGGCAAAAGAUGUGUCGCCACGUCAGUAGAGGUGUGAAAGAGAACCGGGAAAACUCGGCCCGGCGCUGGAUUUAAUGAAAGUUUUUUUGUUUGUUUGUUUGUUUGUUUUUUAAUUAGUUUAAUACAUUUUUUUUUUUUUUUUUUACCGGAAGAUAAGGAGGGACCUAAAUAAAGCACAAAUACAGUUACUCCAAUAAUGUGUUUGAGUAACCCUUUAACUGCUUUAUGUAGAAUACUCUGGGAACACAUCAACUCACCUUGGAGGGGGCAAUUAACUAAAUCCCCAAUACAUUUUAUACUAAAGGGAUAUGGACAUUACAACAUUGCAAUACCCUUAUUAAAAUAUCACUUUUGAUAAUGAUCCACAUUUUACAAGGUUUAAAUAAAUGGAGAUGACUGUUAAAAUGAAAGGAAAAGUAGUUUCUGAAUAAUUUGCAGCUAACUAGUGUCUGGCUUGUGCUGGCACGGAGGCAGAUUUUCCUGACCGUGUGUUUUGGGUUCCAGCCAGGACGGAUUGCAGGGCGUUUCCCCUGAGUGGAGCGAGGGCGUUAAACAUUUAUAUACAACUGCAGGAAACAUUUUCUUUUUAACGUACAAACUUGUACACCACAUUCAGUUCCUUUUUAUUGCAGAGAUCGAAGAAUAAUUUUAGUAAGAUCAUAGACAUUAAUCUAUAUUUAGCAAACCAGGCACAAUUCUAAAAUUAUUAAUCAGAUGCAAAUUGCCAUUUAAACCAAUAAAAUGCCCUGCUACAUGUUACAGUUUGUUACAAUUUGCCCCAGAAUUAAUAAAGUUAAACCUUAAUAAAUAUGUGCCUCUGUUCAUCUUAUUGUUAUAUUUAGUAAUUAUUAUUACUUUAUUGGAGGUCUUCAAAUAAUCCCACCCAUAGCUCUUGGUUUCUUCCUGUCUGUCCUGGAGUUAUCCCCUGGAUAGACUUUAAAGUAGCAGGCAAUGCGGCCACACAAUUCUACUCAUUGGUAAAUGGUUAUGCUACAAAUAAUGGGAUUCCUGCAUUUUUCUUAAAGCUUGAUUUCCUUCUAGAAUAUUUUGCCAAUUCUGGUAAUGGCUUUGUUUUGCUUUUCUGACUGAAGCAGACGAUGUGUGCACAAAUAAAGAGUCUGUAACUGUGCAGAGCUCUCUGUUCUGUAUUCGAUCAAAUGCUCCGUGGAGUCGUGCCCACCUGACUAUUCACCGAUAGCAGAAAAUACAUUCAGCUUUAGAACAUGUGUGUAGCAAAGUUAGGGAUUAAUGUAGAUAUGUCUGUGUUUAUUUCAGUCACGCUUUCUCUGCCUGACUUUCUUUUUCUGUCUGUCUUUCUUUCUCACUGUCACUGUCAUUCGUCUGUUAUCUUUUACUUAAUCUGUCUGUCUGUCUUUCUUUCUGUCAUCCACCACCCACACAUAUAUACACACACACCCUCUCGCUCUCCAAUCCCCCUGCCCCCUCCCCCCCCACGAUCUAAUUUUAAAACCUCAUAGUUUUCAUGGAUUAUUGAAUAAGUGGUAAGGGUUGUGUUGUUAUUGUGUUCCUUUUGUUGUGCGGACCUGUAGUAUAUGAGUGUGCAGAAUUCAGGCUAUUUUCAGCUUGUGUAUUUACAGGAAAAGAUGACCCCUUCCUUGCUUCUGCAGCUGUUUGAUAAAUGAUUGUAAGAAUAAUACACUUUCCGGUGUUAGACGCUAGAUGAUAAAAAUGUAUAAUUAACUCCGUUAUUCGCUAAAGUGAGAAUUCAAAGUGAUUUCAACGAGGCCUAAGUAACUGAAUUGGCAGCAUAGUUGACUUAAAAUUCUCAUUUCAGUGAAUAACCCUGUGUGUUCUUACAACAACAAUUCUGGAAACGAAUGGGUUUUAUAUUAAAGAAAACUUAUAUUAACAAACUUGUGUAUCAAUUUAAACAGUGAGAUGUUUACCGGACUAUAAGGAUUGGAGAAGAUACCCAUAUUUUUUUUUUAUUUUUUUUUAUUUGUGCAUUCCCCUGAUUGUGGAUUGUCCCAGUGUGACCUCCUGUUUUAAUGUGACUGUCUGGAGCUCAGAGAGUGCGUGUGGACUGUCCCAGUGUGACCACCUAUAGCGCAGACUGUCCCACAGUGGCAGCUACUAGCAUACCUCCCUAGUGUCCCUACUUAGAAGGGACCGUCCCUAUUUUGGGCCUAAAUCCCUCUGUUCAUCUUGUCUAUCCUAAUGUCCUUCAUUUCUAGAAGCUCUGUAUUGUUGUGUCUGAGUGUAUAGCCGAGCUCUGCAGAAAUAAUACUCACAGUAAUGUUCUUGUUGUAAAUUACAUUUUAGUUGCAAAAAGUAUUAGUAAAUCACUUAUAAUUUCUCAGAACAGCCACACCCCUAAAAUUAAAGUGCCCCUCUUUCUCCAUUUGCAGUGUUGAAGAUGUGCCUUCGCUCUGAGAGAGUGCAUACUAUCUCGGUGUGGCAGCCCGCUACUUAAACAUGGCUGUGAACUGUCUCAGUGUUCUAAGAUUAUGUAGACAACUCAGAAAAUAAAAGAAAUAAUUUCCAAAAGUAAAUCCUAAUCUUUAUAUGGAGACUCUGUGUAAAGGGAUUGGUCAUAUUUCACUCUUUAUAAGGUCAGGUUUUUAAAAUGGCAGAAAAUCCAAUAUGAGUCGUAGCCUGGAUACGUAGUACCUGCUCUCAGUAAAUACACUGGGGAUUGCCUGUUCUUCUACAUCACACUAUGUCUUUCUGUGAAUUGAAUCUUCUCUCUUUUCUCCCAGGAAAGAAGGAAAGAAUUUGAGUCGAAUUUAAUAAAAACUGGACUGGAAUUAGAGACUGAAGACAAAAAAGUAAGGAAUGCUGACUUUCUCCACGGCAAAUGUAAAUAUUUAGGGGUGCCAAGUCCCCCCCCCAUCACCCUCCCAAUCUUAUAUAUAGCUCUCCCACUUUUGUGGCUCUGAUUGCACUGUCCUUUGUCCCACAGCAGUCAUUUCUUGUCUUAGCAUUUGGUACUACUGACUGACCGUAAAUAGGUUAAGAAUAUGGACAUUUUUUAUUUAUUUUAAAGGCGCACUAUAGGGUCAGGAACACAAACAUGUAUUCCUGACCCUAUAGUGUUAAAACAACCAUCUAUCUCCCCUGGCUCCCUCUUGCCUCCCUUAAUAUAGUAAAAUCUUACUUGCAUUCAAGUCUGCAGCUCCUGGCUCUGCCCAUGUUUGCCUGUGAACUGCCCAUGUCUGCUGACAUCAGAAGUGGUGGUCUGAGCCAAUCACAGUGCUUCCCCAUAGGAUUGGCUGAGACUGUCAAGGAGGCAGAUCAGGGGCAGAGCCGGCACAAGCCAAACACAACCCUGGUCAAUCAGCAUCUCCUCAUAGAGAUUCAUUGAAUCAAUGCAUCUCUAUGAGGAAAGUUCAGUGUCUGCAUGCGGGGGUGGAGACACUGAAUGGCAGUGCUGCUUACUCUGCAGCACUGUGCAAGGAAGCACCUUUAGUAACCAUCUUAGGAGUGGCCAGUGGAGUUAUCACUAGGCUCUAAUUUAAACACUGAAUUUUCUCUGAAAAUACAGUGUUUACAGCAAAAAGUCUGAAGGGAAUGACUCUACACACCAGAACAAAUGCAAUAAGCUGUAGUUGUUCUGGUGACUAUAGUGUCCCUUUAUGGCCUCUCCAAAUUUGUUUACAGCUGUAACUCCUCCAUGAAGUAUCAAGUUUUGACAAUGAUACUUGAAUGUCUAUUACCGCUAGUUAAUUGACAACAUUCAGUUUGCUAUAUUGAGCCAAGGAUUCCUCAUACAGUGCUCUCUGGUGGCUGCAUGGGUCAUAGAAAGUGCAUGAAGUUAAAAGCAAAGAAUUGAAUAUUCUACAGAGUAACUCUAGUCAAAUCAACCAAUUUAGCACAAUUAUCAGUCUGCUUAUUUAACAUGCCAUGCUUUUUCUAAAAGUGAUGUGAAACCCCUGUUUCCAGAUAAGAUUGUCCAAUUUCCUUCUGACCUACCAGUGAUUGCCAGACCUGUAAUGAAUAUGGGUUGUCUUUCAGGAAUCUGAAAGUGGGAAGAUCUAUUUUAUUAAGAUUCAUGCUCCAUGGGAUGUUUUGUCCACGUACGCUGAAGUUCUUGGCAUCAAAGUUCCCAUCAAGGAGAACGACAUUGAUCCGCCGAGAGAAAAUCCUCUGGACUGCUUACUUAAGCCUUUUAAACUUCCCAAUCAUGUCAUGUACCCCGAACCAGAUUACUUCACCGCUGCCUUCAGCAAACAAAAGCAGGAACUUUUUCUUAUCAAUGACCAGAAUACCUUCUUCUCACCAGCCACCCGCAACCGCAUUGUACGUAGAAGGUGCUAUAAGAUCAGGGGAGCUAGCAGGGUUUAUAUGUCAGAUUUACAUGUCAGUUGCCUGUAGGCACAAAAGGUACCCACUGCUUGAGGGGGUUGAAGUUGUGGUAUAAAAGCUGUUUUGUAUUAUUACCUUUAGGGUUAGAAUUGGGUUAAAUUUAGCAUCUGGGUACAUGAGGUUUAGUUUUUAAGAGGAGUUAAACAUAUGAUUAAGGUAAAUUGUCUAAUUUCAGGUCUAGGGUUUGACUGCUGGAGUUUAAAGGGUAUAUUUGCAAAGUUCUCACCUCCUAUGUCUUAUGUAGUCCAGUCAGAUUGAUAUUAGGAAUUUAAGCAUGCGUGGGAUGGGAAUAAGGCUAUCCUAACUAUAAGAUAAGGCCAGGGACUAAUGAAAGUAUUUAGAAAAUUGGGCAGACUAGAUGGGCCGAAUGGUUCUUAUCUUCCGUCACAUUCUAUGUUUCUAUGUUUCUAUUAGAGUUGCAGGAGUUGUUAUACAGUGUGCAUCUUUGUUUCCCUGCUCCUCCUGCAAGGCAUUUCAUGUAUGAGAGUGUGUUAGUGGGCAGAUGGGCAGUGAUCCCUUCCACUUACUGUCCAGCUUCACACUAAGACGCUGGAGAAGCUUAGACCGCACUGAGUUUUACACCCUCUAGAAUCACUCCUGCAGCUCUAUUUGGACUACAUGGUACACAGACCAAAGCAUUUGGUACUUGUUGCUCCACCAUACUAUUUAAGCUUGAAAAGGCACAUUGUAAGUGCUGGGAACAGGCACCCCUAGUGGUCAGGCUCCUGUAGACGUGUGUAGUAUGCCUAAUGUGAUAUCUGGCCCUGAGAGCUAUUAGAAUAACCAGUCUUCAAAUACUGGUUUCUUGUUCAAACCAUCUUGUAUAAUUUUUUUGAGAAUAUACAUUAAUCAUUAGGCCAAGGUUCUUCCCAGUUUUUCCAUGUGUUUUAUAAUGUUUUGUAGGUGUAUUAUAUCCUCUCUCGUUGUCCAUAUGGAACAGAGGAAGGAAAGAAAAAGUUUGGCAUUAAAAGACUUCAAAACAACGGGACAUACACCUCAGCUUACCCUCUUCAUGAUGUAUGUAUCGCUCAACAGUACGUCUUUAUGUAUGUGGCAUUAAAGUUACGAAUGACAAUCUUCUUUUCUAAUGAAAGCUUAAAAUCAGUGGGUUAUUUCUACAUCGGAAUAUCUGGGUUUCUGAGUUCAAUUAUGAUCUUUGGAGGAUUAUAAACAUGGGGUUAAUCAGUAUGCAAGAGUAUAUGAUUGUCUAAAAAGGUAAGCAUUGCUAGGGUUAAUGAUGAAAAAGGCAAGGGUCGAAACAAUGAGAGCGUCAAGGAGAGCAAUUGAAGAGUUCCAGCAGUGACCGGGAUGUGCCAGUAUUGAGGCUGCGAGGGUGGAGGAUGCGGUGUUUGUGUGUGUGUGUGUGUGUGUGUGUUUAUAGACACUAAUUAUUGUAUAUAAUGUAUUUAUUGUCUAUACAGUGUCAGUAUUGGAAGAAAGCAAAGGAAGAACUGUGUCACAGUGAGAGAUUCACCUUGUACUCACAGUGGGCCAAAUUUGCAAGAUUUUACAAGGAGCAACCUCUAGAUCUUAUCCGGUGAGUGUGAAAGUCUUCCCCAAAAUUCAGGGUCCUCUACCAGACUCUCAGAGGCCAUUAAUGUCUACUUUUAAACCAAUUCUCUCCUGCAUCCUUUGUCUUUUGCCCAUUGAAAGCCCUUCUCAUAUCCCAACUUCAUUCACCAGUUUCCUUGAUGUUCACACAAUUCUUCCUCCUUUUCUAAGUUCUAAAGAGUUCUUUCACGGUUUCACCCCUUCUUACAACUUGCCAUGAAUAGACUAGACUACUCAGUUGGUUUGUAGAAGAUGUUUUUUUUGUUUUUGUUUUCUCUAUUUCUUUCUUGCUUUCUUUUAACCUACCUGGAACCCCCACUGAUUUCUUUAGUAUGAUCAAGACCAUUUAUCUUAAAUGUUUUCUUCGUCAUUAAUUUAUGGAAUUACUUUUUUUCUUUUUUUUACGUUUGUCCAGGAAAUACUAUGGUGAAAAGAUUGGGAUUUAUUUUGCUUGGCUGGGAUAUUAUACGGAAAUGCUGUUUUAUGCAGCGGUUGUUGGCUUUUUCUGUUUCCUGUAUGGCUGGAUUACAAUGGACGAUAAUCUCGGCAGGUGAGAUUUCUUUUUUGGAAUACAAGAUAUUAGACAAAUAUUUGUUUUCAUGGGCGUCUAGAUUAUACACUAUUACCCAGCAAGAGGGAUGCUGAUAGGAUGAAACAGGAAAGUGUUUCUUCUUACUUAGACGUUAAUUUGAUGUUGGAUAAGCUUUCUAAAAGAGUUAAUAUUUUGGGUAAGCUUUUUUUUUUUUUAAUAUAUUGAGAUAUAUAGAAUUUUAAAAGUGAAUUUUACAUCAUUUGGAAAACUUAUCCAACAAUGUUAACUUGAGGCCUUUCUAUGCUUUUUUUUUCUUUAUCUAAAGAGCUGUUGUUUUUAUUUGGUUUUUACCUAUUUUGCUUUAGUCUUUUCUCCUUUGACCAACCCCAGACUAAUUGUUCCUUUUUUGCACUUCUGGAAAUGUCACCAUUAUGCCGAUUGUAUCCUUUAGAACCUUAUCACAUAUUUUUUCUUCAGUAAGGAGAUUUGUAGCCCUGACAUUGGAGGGCAGAUCAUCAUGUGUCCACUUUGUGACAAGACAUGUGAAUUCUGGAAGUUAAACACCACGUGUGAACCGUCACGGGUAGGUCUCCUCAUUAGAGAGCCUUUGUUUUGUCAUUUGUGAUGGUAUUCAUUCUAACCACUUUCUCUGCUUCAUGCAGUAUUCCCAUAUGUUUGACAACGUGGCCACGCUUUUCUUUGCAAUAUUUAUGGGAAUAUGGGGUAAGUAGUUGACUAUAUUUACAACUUGAUAUAUGGUUAGGUGGUUGGAUCUGUAAGGAAACCUUUGAAAUCUGAGAGGGUGUGUAUAUACUUUCACCAGCAAUAGUGGCCCCAUGUGUUUGUGGUGACCCCUUUCUCAAGUUGUGGUCUUAUGCCAAGUUAAAUUCCAUUGGAAUACACAGCUUCAAAGCACAACAUUGCUUUAAAUCAAAGCUCCUAAAAUAGAUUAUCUUAUAUUAUAAAAUAGCCAUUGGCAGGGUUUCAUCGGCACCUUGGCCAGCUGCCCUGUACCUUACCAUUAAUUACAGUGGUAUUCUUUACUCUGAAGAGAAGAGUUUGUCAUUUUUUGUUUUUACAAUAAUUAUAAUAAAGUAAAAAGCCACAACAACCAUACAUAAUGACUUCCAGAGCUUUCGGACUAUUUGGAAUGCAGUAUUCAAAUCCACAAAGCAUUAGUUAGGUCGUUGACCACUAGGCUGCUAAUCUGUGGCCAGUGUAUGAGUUUAUGCUGGAGGUAGGUUCUAGUGGCUGCUAACAGAGCCACAAGUGGUUUCUCUCACACGGUCCUUGCUGUAUGCGAUCCUCCCACAAGGUCUCCUUGUGACCAGCAAGUCGUUAAAACCCUGUCCAGCAAACCAGAGUUUAUUAUAUUUUUUUUAUGUACAUUUGACACUGCUUCAUUAUGAUGCAAUAUAAAAAUGUGCAGUGUGAUGGGGAAUCAUAUCUAGCAGUGUUUGGUGAUUGGAGAAAGAGUUUCCAGUAAAAAAAUGAAUUAUAAAACGUAAUAACCACAAUGAUUGCGUUCAGAAAUUAAUUUGUAAUUCCUCCUCUUGCCUGCAUAAUAUCACAAAUUUACUUUCAUAUAUCUGGGUACUGUCAAGAAAUCCUACACCAACAUAAUGUAAAGGCACAUAAUAUUAGGAAAAUAAACAAAACAAGACAGUCGUCGUAUCUGUUCACUGACGGUUUUAGAUCAACAGCAGCAACGCUAUUUUGUGAAAAGUUGUAUUAUUUUUCUUUUAUCCAGCAUUAAUGAGUUAAUAAGAAAAGUGCUUUCUCUCAAAAAUAGUGCUUCUUGCAUCUGUCUAACUUCCGGGCUUGCACUAGGAUCUACACAACUACUGGUGCUCUCACUAAAGUGAGAAUUCUAAAAGAGCUUAAAAUUAAAUGCCAUAGUAGUUAGAUUGAAAGCAUAACUGACUUUGAGAAUCUUUCCUUUUUGGCUAAUUUUGACUUAAAUUUGAAAUUCACUUUGAAUUCUCUGCUUAGUGACUAACCUUCUAAGAUCUGCAUAUUGUCUAGUGCUUGUACUAGGUUCUGCGCAACUUCUGGUGCUUGCACUAGGUUCUGCACAACUUCUGGUGCUUGCACUAGGUUCUGCGCAACUUCUGGUGCUUGCACUAGGUUCUGCGCAACUUCUGCUGCUUGCACUAGGUUCUGCACAACUUCUGGUGCUUGCACUUGGUUCUGCGCAACUUCUGGUCCUUGCACUAGGAUCUAUAUAGCUUUGUAUAAGUUGAUGUGCUUUACAGUUACGCUGUUCCUGGAGUUUUGGAAACGGAGGCAGGCCAGACUGGAGUACGAAUGGGACCUGGUUGACUUUGAAGAGGAGCAACAACAACUUCAGCUUAGACCAGAAUACGAGGUGAAAUGUACUCAGAAACGGAAGAACCCUGUUACUCAGGUAAUGUUUACCCAUGUGACUUGAUGGCUCCCUCCAGUGGCCGUGGUGAUAUAGCACCCUUUUUAAAAGGUCAGAUUAGCUCUUUCAGUUCAUCUGCCAGAACAAAUGUAUAGAGAUCUUUCAGGAAGACCUAGUAAUAGUGUUAGCAUGUUCCGUUUUCCAAUCCUUUUUAAUAACUCUAUGGAAAAUUGGGAAUGGACAGUCAUUCAUUCCAUCUAAGGGACUGGCCAGUCUGAGAUCCCACUAAUUGGUGUUAACAUGGCUGGCAAGAGGUAUUUAAAAUUCAACAAAAACAGAAGCAAACCAUUUAGCCAUUCAGACGGUUUCUUCUGUGUAACAAAAUUUGUAUUCCCUAUAUGUCCCCAAUCUCACCAUUUUUAAAUGUAUUUAUUUAUGUGUUGAUUGGUUGUAUGUAGUUCUUAGCCAUUUACAAUGUAGCAUGCAUUCCCACCUUACUGGGAUCCAUGUGAUACAUUUGACCCCAUCAAUGGGGUUCUCUGCCAAUCCCCUUUUUUAUGGAAGUGAUAGUUGAUUGCUGCGUGUUUCAUGUGCAGAUGUCAAUGCAGAGUUAUUGUCCAACUUUAGGCGAUUUUGUUGUACGGUCACACCUGGCACCUCAAAUUUAAAUGAAUCCACUCCUAGUGAUUUAUUCCAGGGGGGGGACUAUGCAACAUAGUGGGUUAAGUAGUUUGCUCUGUGAGAGAAGAAUGUGCAGGUUAAGAGUUCUGUACAUCGUUAGUUUGAUUCUUGUGUCAACUUUAUAUAAUUACUGUACCUGAUGGGGACAAUAGACAGAUCUUGUUCAUAUGCCUUUUUAUAGCCAUUUUGUUUUGAACGUUUUAUUAUUUGAGGAACUAAUCACUAACUUUUGAUUUUUAGAAACUGCAGAUUUAGUGAGAUUUUAUUCAUUAAACCAAAAAUUUUGAAAAAGUUGACAAAGUGAAUUUUUUUUUUUUACAAAACUUGAGGUGGAUUUGUUUUCCUUACUAGAUUAUCUUUCCAGUUCAACUAUUUUGGUUACAGAAUUUUCUCAUCAAUUCUCAGUGGUUUAGUGAAUAAACCUCCACUUUUUAAUUCGUUUUUCUAGUUAUAUGUUUUUGAGAUAAAUGGAAAUAAUGUGAAUGUUACAUUUCCAGAUACCGAGUAACAUGGAGAAUGUGGCGAAUUAUUAUAUAUAUUUUUUUUGUAUUUUUUUUUUUUUUUUCUCCUCAUGGACUCCACGAUGAUGUGAUUCUUAUUACACAUUAGCAUUUCUACAUUUGUAGGAAAUAGAGAUGGUUAUGAGGAGAAGUGCUGUAAAUUUCUUUGGAAAACUGUUCUUGUGCUGGAUGUCCAUUGUAUUUUGGGUAAGAAAAGCGAAGAAAAUCAUCGCUGGAAGAAAUAAAAACUAACACUAUUAACCUCACUGUUUGGUCAAACUCAGAUUUUGGGGUGUUUAUAACAGUCUUGAUGCUGAGUGAAAUUACGAAAUGCUCCUCAAACCUUCCCUUUCUCUAGUUCACUUUGGGUCGUUUUAUGAAAACCAAUUUCUUUUGGGUACGAUUAUAGGUUUAUGGGUUAUAAAAUGGACCUGUUAUCAGAGGAUAACCAUUUAAAAAAAAUCAUAUUUGUAGAUCAUUUUAUGGUUUAUAUAAGCCUUUGGUUGUGUCUACAAAAUGUAAAGAAAGGAAAAAAACGUGACUCAACAGCCUGUUGACCUUCUAUACAUCCCUUGAAUGCAGUUUUUGGUUUUCCCAGACUGUAGUAUAAAUAUUAAACUGCAUAAAGAGAGUCUAAAUUGUAAACAAUAAGGUAAAUAGCAUAGAUAUUUAUUAGCCAGUACUUUAGAGUCUCCCAAAAGGGGUCAAUUCCCUUCAGAAUCCAAAACAUGGUAGAACUUGCCAAAGGCACGAAUAGUAAACCCCAAAAGAGUUCAGUGGUUAACACACCAAUUCCAGUAUCUCAGAGCCAUGCGUUUGGACAAGGCAAACCUCCUCUACUCCUAGUGGCACUCCAACAAAAAUAAAAUAAAACCACGUGAGGACAAUUAGUUGACUAAAAAUAUUAUUUAAUAUAAAUAUACUUUUAUUUCAGCAUUCUUAAAAUCCUAGGAAAUAAAAAUAAGACAAACCGUUUAUGCCCCCCAAUGAGGAAAGGUUUUGUUUUUGUUAAAUAAAGGGAAAUGGCUCAUAUCCUACCCUACCAUUAAUCCAAACGCUUCAGUAACUCUCAGGGAACCAAAAAGGAGAAGCAUUAUUUACCUGUUACCUACCCAUAAGUAAAAGAGUAUAAAAUAUAUUAUAAAUAUACUUACUGUCCUUAUAAUGUAUCAUUUCUAAAAAGAUAAAUAAAUGCUAGACUCUGUUUUUGUGGUAAUAAAUGCGUAUAAGAGCUUUAUUAACCACUCAUAACAUAAUGGUUAGUAGUUUGUUUCCUUUCGGUAACAUCCAUUUUAAUGUAUAUGGAAUGUUUAUAGUGGAAAUACUUAAAUAACAAUACUUUCAGAUUGUCCUGACUUGCCACGAAUAGUCCACCACGUAAAUUGUUCAUUUAUGAUCAAACAUUUAUUAUUCCACCAAAUCAGAUGUCAAAGUGGCUGGGCAAUGCAUCCUGUAGGGGAAAACAAAAUUUUUUAAUUUUUUUUUUUUAAAUGGGAUAGUGUACGAUAGACACUGUCUUACAGCCCCCUCUAGUGGUAGCUUGUAUCCCUGCACAUUUGCCAUAUGUAAAGAGCCAGGUGGGUUCGAUGGAGCUUUCACUUUCACUCAGUGCUUGGCAGUGCCAUGUGUUUCUCUUGAUGGGACUUGGUGUCUUACUUUCUGGUGAACUGUGGCCUUGCUUGCUUUUCACUGUUUCAGGAGAUGGAGCCUUAUUUGCCCAUUACUAGCAAGGCUGCAAGGUUCUGCUUCUCUGGAGCUACGGUGUUAUUCUGGGUGAGCAUAAACCUUCUUCUAAUAAGUCCUUAACAUUUGUCUUUUCUUGUUUUUAUUUGUCGUGUUGGGAGCUUGUCUGCAUCGUCUCUUGCAUUUGUGGUUGAUCUGUGUGUUUGCAAAUAUUUGGUCGCCCAGUUUAAACAUGGGAUAAAAAACACAAAUACAUUUUUUUUUUUAACUAGCUACAAUUAAUAAGAAUGUAAUGCACAAAUGUUCAGUUUUUUUUAAAAAAAUUUUAAUUUAAAAAAAGCAGCUUUGUAGAAUAUAAGAAAGGUUGUAAAAUACUUUUUAUUUAGCUCUUACGAUCCUAUGAAAUAAAAAGAAAUUGCAUAAUUAUUUCAGUGUGCACAAAGAUUGAUCUGACAUGUUAGAAAAAGGAUUUGCGUUCCUGUGAUAGCAGUUUAUUGGAAGUUUGGGUACUCCUCACUGCAGCCCAUGUACAGCGCACUGUAUUAUAAAUUUAGUAAUGUUACGGAAAUAUUCAUCUUCAAUGGAAACAGUUUUCUCAGGAUUCUUCACAAUAUAUUAACUUUUUUCCUUUAUUUAACCCCUUAAGGACACAUGACGGAAAUAUUCCAUCAUGAUUCCCUUUUAUCCCAGAGGUUGUGUCCUUAAGGGGUUAAUGGGACACUAUAGUCAACAAAACAAUUUAAGAUUAAUAAAGCUGUUUUGGUGUUUAGAUCACGCCUCUGAAGUCCCACUGCUAAAUUAUCUGCCAUUUAGGAGUUAAAUCAUGAUUGUUUCUGUUUAUGCAGCUCUAGCCACACCUUCCUUGAAUGUAUCUGAAUCUACCUGCAUGGAAAAAAAAUAGCUUAAUAUUUAGAUCAGAUGUAACUUACUUUAAAAGUAUUUAUCUCCUGCUCUGUAAAUUGAACUUUAGUUACAUACAGAAGGCUUCUGCAGGGUCUAGCAAGCUAUUAUCAGAGCAGGAGAUAAGAAAUUCUAAAUUAAACAGAAUUUACAAUAAAGGAAGUGUAAACAUUAGAUCACUGUUUACAGGAAGUGUUAAGGAAGGAUGUUUAAGUCAGGGAUAAUAAACUUGUAUUUGUGAGGUGUGAAACUCCACCCUGCUCUGUUUAGGAACUUAGUUUCCUGUCAGUCAGUUAUAAGCUCCACCCUAUGCACCUGGCAGUCAGUACAGAGAAAAGGAGAAAUGAAACCAUGAUGACAUCCCAACUCCAUUCAUUGAGCCCUUCCGGCCUCUCUUUAAGGCCAAUAGUGUUUGCUUUUUAUCUUUUUACCUCCCACUCCCGCCCUACCUUGCCUCACUCUAUGAGAAACCUGUGAUUGGACCGCACAGAGCACUUUGACAUCAGAGGUGUGGAAGACAGCGCUGGGAGCAUCGUCCGGCGUUGGAUUCCAGGUGAGUAAAAAAAAUCUCUUUUUAUUUUGUACAUAUUUUACUACAAGAUGAAGGGGGAAGGAGGCAAACAGCAGGGCCCAUGAGGACAUUUAUAAUAACCCCUUCACAAAAAGAAAGGUUGGAGUGUAAGUGCCAAAAAGGACCAAAGUUAUAAAAGUAAAGCAUGUUUCUGCAUAUUUCUCUGCUAGAAUUCAUAUUACAUUCAUAAUAAGAACACAAUCUAUAAUGUUACAUCACACUCUUUACAUUACAAAGAGAAGAUUGUUACUUGGGAUGAGGUGAGUCCAAUAUUUAAAUUUAAUUUUUGGUGGGGAGGGGAAUUUGUCCAUUAUUGUAAGUGACUCUGAAAGCGUUAUGUACUAAAAUGAGAAUUCAAAGUGAAUUUCAGCUUCAAUGCCACUAAUGCCAGACCGGAAAACAUAGCUGACUUAGAGAAUUUUUCUAGUCCAGCUAUUUUGACCUUAAAUUUAAAUUUCACUUUGAAUUCUUAGUUUAGCGAACAACCCUGUGCUUACUUCCAUAUUAUUCUUUUAUUUUUAAUAUAGUUCUUUCAUUUAGUUGCUGGACAUAAGAGAUGCUCUGUAUUUUCUGGUGUCUGUGAUCUUUUAUGUCAAAUCCACCACUCUCCUCCCCCUCCCCCCCCAACCCAUGUCAAACUGUAAGGCAGUCAUUGUUUAUUAGUAUUGGACUAUUUUAUAGGAAAGCGCAAUACUCUUUGCAGUGUGAUAUUAAAUGCUUUACAGGAUGUUCUAAUGCUAUAGUUUAAACUGGGCCCUAAAUGUACAGAGGGAAAUGUAUUAACGCAGCACAUAAAUACAAAAUAUUAACUAUUGAUAUUAUUUCUUAUUGGAAAGAGAGAACGUAGCCCUAAUUAAAAAUGAUCAUUUUCAUUUUUUAUUUUUUUUUGGAAGUUUUUCUUUGUUUAAACAAAUUUUUUAAGAAAUUGCAAUAUCAUUUACUGCCCCACUUAUGGGUGCAUACUAUAACAGUAUGCCUACUUACCUAUUUCAUACAGUGAGCAUGAAAUAUGUACAAUGUAUUGGAUGAGGAUAAUUCAAUUUUCUGCAACAUAUUAUCCCCUCCUUCUUGUGCUGCGAUAGUAAAUCUCCCCAUUUUCUGGUGAAAGUUGUGGAAUGUAUAUUUUACCACCUUGUGUCAAGGUUUGUUGAACACACUGUUUUACAUGCAGAAACAUGUAUGAUAGCACAAUGUUAAAUACUAGAUUGGAGAGAGCAUGCUGAAUUUAGAAAAUUUCAGAUCUGUUUUUGGCUGUGUGCUUUAGACACAAAUAUACAAAGCAUUGCUAGGUUCCAGAAACACAUGGGACUUGAGUCUAAAGGAAAACUCGUUGGCCCCAACACGAGAGUGGGGGUGCCAUGACCUAUCUCGCCUCUCUGUUAUGCCCCCCUCUACCCUCAGCGUACUCUUUGUGCCUUCCUGGAUCUAAUGCUGGACAGCCAGGUUUUUAAUGUCAUCCCUCCACAAUACCCAACUAAUAGAUGGGUGUGCAGCACAGUCCCUUACUCCUUAGUAGCCUUGAGGAGCACUGUACUGUGAUCUGUCUUUUUACAUCAGAUGCCUGCUUUAUGAAGCUGCUGCCUGCUGUAAAACUAAACAUAAAAAACACUGCCCUCUCAUCUACCUGUAGUGACCAAGACUAAAGAGUCCCACAUCCGGGGCUACAUCCCACAAAACCCCCUCCUAGCUACGGCGAUAGAUAUAUACACACAAGGCAAUGAGCUGAAUAUUAUGGGAUCAUUCGUUUAGUCCCAACUAUAAAGAAAAAAAUAUAAUUAUAUCUUCCUCUGCAACUCCCACCCCCUUUUGAUAGGGACAUUUCACACACCUGCACAUUCACAUGUAAUUACAUUUAUACCUUCACACAUGUACGCAGACACACACGUUGGUAUACAUACAGACAGAAUCAUACACAAACAACCAUCCCUGGUGUCCAGGAGGGAGCUGCGGAGAUUAGUCUCUGUCCUGAUCACCCAGUUCAUGCAGCUCUGUACUGAUGCUGGGAUGGCAUCUUAUCCUGGCUCUAGUACAACUACAGGAUGUGCAAGGAAGCUGGGUGAAACCUGCAUCUCCUUCUGCACCCGCUCUGAAGCCUCCGUGACAGAGCACCCCGGGGUGGACUGGUCCCCUCCCCCUCUGACCCCAUGCCAUUAAACUCCCCCACUCCUGAGACCUGAUUUAGAUAAUGUAAUAAGUUCAUUUAUUCCAGCGCUGGGUGUGUGAAACGCGUCACCGUUUAAUACAUUCCUGCAUUCACAAAGCUAUAUUACAAGGUUAACACUAUUACACUGGAACGAUGCAUGAAUAGAAAACACAUACAAAUGAUAACAUGUUAACAUGUCUGGGUUUUUUUUGCUGCAGAUUUCACUGAUUAUAGCCAGUAUGAUCGCAGUUAUAGUAUAUCGUCUCGCAGUCUACGCCGCCUUUGCCAGCAUUAUGGAAAACAACGAUGCUCUCCGGCCGGUCAGCAGCCUUUUAACUCCACAGCUUGCUACAUCCGUCACUGCAUCCUGCCUGAACUUCAUUAUUAUCAUGAUUUUGAACUUUUUAUAUGAGCGGGUCGCAAUUUGGAUUACAGACAUGGGUAAAUUUUGACAUUAGUUUUAAGUCUGUUGGUGCAUUAUAAUUUGGGCCAAACAGCUGUUCAGUAAACUCUUUAUAUAUUUAUUUUUUUACUACUGCAAUUAUUAUUUUUUUUCCUCUAUUACUGUAUAUGCUGGAGUAUAAGCAGAGUUUUUCGGCACAUUUUUUUGACUCGGCUUAUCCUCGAGUCAAUGUCUGUAUUAUGGCAACUUACAUUGCCAUAAUACAGACCAGGACCGCUGGGCUCAUUGCAAGCCCGGUGGUCCUGUUGGGGGCUGGCAGCAAGCUGUUACUUACCCUCCUGCAGCUCCUGUCAGCUCCCUUCUCCUCCGUGCAGCUCCCCGUCAGCUCCAUUCUGCUCCCAGUGUAAAUCUCGCGACACUCGCAGCCGUCAGAGCGUUGCCACAGGUUACCGUGGCAAUGCUCCGCGCGGCACACAGACCACGAGGUUUACACUGGGAGCAGACUGGAGCUGACAGGGGAGCUGCACAGAGGAGAAGGGAGCUGACAGGAGCUGCAGGAAGGUAAGUAACAGCUUGCUGCCAGCCCCCCCACUGCACAGCCCAUCCACUGGACCACCAGGGAUUCACAUAGCCCCCCCCUUCCUGGCCAGGCAACAAGCAGGGAGGGGGGACCCAAAAAAAUAAAAUAAAAAAUAAAAAAAAUAUUAAAAUAAUAAUAUUAAAAUAAAAAUAUUAAAAUAUAAUAAUAUUAAAAUUAAAAAAUUUAAAUAAUAAAAAUGCCCUCCCCUCACCCAGUUUACACACACAAACACACACUGCAUUAUAUACACACACACUGCAUUAUAUACACACUGCAUUAUAUACACACACUGCAUUCAUUACAUACAGACUACAUUCAUACAAACACACACUGCAUUAUAUACACACACACUGCAUUCAUUAUAUACACACAAUACACACAAACACACACACUGCAUUCAUUAUAUACACACACUGUAAAUAAAUAUUCAAUUAUUGUAAUUUUAUUGGGAUCUAAUUUUAUUCAGAAAUUUAUUAGUAGCUGCUGAAUUUCCCACCCUAGGCUUAUACUCGAGUCAAUAAGUUCCCCAUUUUUUUGUGGUAAAAUUAGGGGCCUCGACUUAUAUUCGGGUCGACUUAUACUCGAGUAUAUGCAGUAUUUUUCCUCUUCAGAACUGUGAACCAAAUGGUGGGAAAAGGUGCCAGUCCGUGUACUGCAAAAUAUAUACCCAAUAUUGAUAUUCUGUAUAUAUUUAUAUUAUGUCUAUAUUUUGCAGACCACUGAUUACCUAUUUUGUCUAAAUGUUUCCCUGAAUAUUUUUCCAUGGGCGAUAUUUGGCGGAACCUAACCAUAACAAAAGUGUCAGACAUCCUGAGAAAAAUAUCAAUUUCGGGAAAAAUUAUUCAGCAGAACACCUUUGCACAAGUCUAUAAAAAGCCCAGAUGUAGAGUAUAUGUUUAUAUUUCUGCACAAGAUUCUUAAUACACUCAUAAUGAGUCUCCUUCUUUUGCGAUCAGACCAUUUGUAAGCCUUAACUAAUAUGAUGGAUAUUUUUUUUUUCAGCAAAUUUUCAAUGACUUUUGAUGUGGCCAUCAUUCUUAUGUGAUUUAUUAUCUGUUUCUACCAUCACAGAAAGUCUGUUAGAAGCAAGCAGUACCUGUUAAUUACAGUUUGUAAUGCUGGUGUAUGUUGCAUUCACCAAAAGGUCAGCUGUGCAUACGAAUGCUAUAUCCAACAUGCUCUCCAGGAAAAAUAUUACUCCAAGAAAUUGUACAGACUGUAUAACAUGUACACUGAGCAUUCUGUAGACUCGGACUUACUGCAUGAUUUAAAACAAACAAACAAAAAAAAACAUACACUUAAACCUCUGUGCACAUAAAAAUGCAUCUAUAGGAUCCAACAGUAGGUGAAUCACUGUUCUGUUGAUGGAAGAUCUUCCGAGGCCUGGUGAGGCCCCAUUGAGUGAUACCUGUAGAGCCUGAAAUGGCUCUGUCAAAUGUGAGUUUGGCUCUUACCAUUUAUUCCUGGUAUUUUUUACAGUUUGCACUAUAUAUUCCUUUUUCUAUUUCAUAUUGUCAAAGAAAUAAAUAUUGUAUACCAUCAAAAGAAGAGGGAUUUCCCUACUUUUCCCUAAGUAUGUUUAUGUGCACAGAGCUGUAUGUUUUGUUUUUUUUUUGCUUCAAAAUAUUGUAACAUACACCUAUGUUUCUAUAUCGUUUAUAUUGUUUAGAAUAGUUAGAAUAAUUUACUUUUUUUUCUGUAUUUUUUCUGUUGUCCAGCAGAGGGCGAAUUAUAACCUCAUUUAAGCAGUCUGCUAUGUAAAGUCAAUUAUUUUUAUUUUUUUUCAAAAAUUAUUAUUUUUUUCCUCACAGAAAUCCCCCGAACUCAUCUGGAAUAUGAAAACCGACUCACUAUGAAAAUGUUCCUCUUCCAGUUUGUUAAUUAUUACUCAUCUUGCUUCUAUGUGGCCUUCUUCAAGGGAAAGUUUGUUGGCUACCCUGCGGAAUACACCUACAUGUUUAAUGUCUGGAGGAAUGAAGAGGUGAGAGCUGAUUUGGGUUUUGGGUUAUUGAUCUAAUCAGUUAUUCACUCAGACUGAUUCUAAUGCCCUUAGUUUUAUCUACGACAUAUUCAAAUAUUCCAGAAACUUCCUCCAAAUCCUUCCAUGUUGUAAUUGAAUGAAAGAAGAGAAAAAGCAAUUCAUGUUUUCUUUUUUUUUUUUUUUACAUAUAUUACCUGUUAUAUUUUAUUUAUUUAUUUAUUUACGGAUUUUUCACUUUUAGUGUAAAUCUCAUUUUUUCCUUCCUUAUAUAUUUAGUAAAUUAUUAAAUCUAAAUAUACUGUAGGUGAAUAACAGAAUUACCUAUACAAAAAAGAAUAAAUGGUAUGUAACAAUUGUGUACCCCAUAUAGUGUGAUCCAGCUGGUUGUCUUAUUGAACUCACCACCCAACUCACAAUUGUCAUGGCUGGGAAGCAGAUCUGGGGCAAUAUUCAAGAGGCAAUUGUCCCGUAAGUAUGAGUAAUAUCCUGCAUACAAUCUGAUUUUAUUUUUUUUUCUAACUAGUUAUUUUGGGGUGCUUGUCUUUUUUUCGGGUAUGUUCUGAUUUAUGGAAAUGUUGGCUUUGUUCGGGUUACGAUAUCUAAGGCAUUGUAUUAUUUUCAGAUAUAUUUUAAAUUGGUGGGGAAGCAGAAAAGCCCGGAAUAACCCAGAAGAUUUGUACAGCCGAUGGGAGCAGGACUAUGAUUUGCAGACUUUUGGACCUCUGGGACUUUUCUAUGAGUAUCUUGAAAUGGGUGAGUGCAAAUAUUGGUAUAAAUAUAUGAAGAGCUUCCCUUGUCCGUGUGUGCCAUUAAUGGCUCUCUGUUCUUCUAUUCUAGUGAUUCAGUUUGGAUUUAUUACACUGUUUGUGGCUUCUUUUCCACUGGCUCCACUUCUUGCUCUUUUAAACAACAUCCUGGAAAUUCGCGUGGACUCAUGGAAGCUGACCACACAGUUCAGAAGACCAAUAGCCUCCAAAGCUCAUAGCAUUGGCGUCUGGCAAGAAAUCUUAAACGGGAUGGCUGUCCUGUCCGUGGUAACCAAUGUAAGUAAGGGAAAGGCUUUCUUGGUGCAUGAUAAAUGAACAAUAUGUAGAGUUGUGUCAAUAAAAUAUUUCUUAUAAUCUAUUUCAAAUGUUUAUUAAUAAAUGGCAGCCAUGAUAAGCAAUUCCUUUGGGAGAUUGUCAGAAAAAUGCGUGAAACAAAAUAUUCAGUUACAGGUAUAUUUUUCUCUUGUUUUUUUUUUUUUUUUUUGCUUGUUAUAAUACAAUACUUUGUAAUAUGUUUAUUUUUGCAUAUGUUAUUAAAGGGUUAAGUCAAGCACCAUAACCACUUUACUGAUUUGAAGUACUCAUAGUUCCUGGAGUUUGUAUGCGCAGAGUUUUGCUAUGAAAUGCUGCACAUACAAUUUCAAACAUCUCUGCUGCUGGAGGUGUAAGCUACCUCUGGUUGCAUCAUUGGGUCACCAUUGGCUAGGCAUUUCAAGAUAUGCAUCAUUGGGUCACCAUUGGCUAGGCAUUCAAUCUGGCCCCAGAUUGCCAAUGGCAGCAUGGCCCUCUCCAUGCAGCUCAUGUCCUCCUUGACAUACCUCAACCUUCAGUGAAAGGGAGUGAUGUCAGUAGAUGAGGAUUGGGCUGCAGGAAGAACUUGGCCUCCAGUACUUGAACGGAGGUAAGGUUUGUGUUUUUUGUUGUUGUUGUGUUUUAUUUUUUUGUUUGUUUGUUUAAAUUUUUUUGCAUUGGUGAGCGGACCACCACAGCAAGGUUUACUCUGUGACCAUGUUAUAAAAACACUGUCCUUUUUUUGGAGUAAUCCUUUAAUGGUAAAUGCUAAUUAAAAUUAAAAAAAAAACAUGUUUUGAUUCUAAAAAAAAAAAAUUAAAUCAAAAUAUUUUUUUUUUUUUUUUUCAGUAAACCAUGAAUCGUGGUGAAAUGCAACAUUUGCAAAAUUCGGACUAAAAUAUCAGACAUUGAAAAAAUCCCCAAUUUACCUGUAUUCCCAUUUUGGGCUUGUCUGCUUUAAAUUUUGGCAAAGUUGGUUUUUAGGUCACCUCCAUCAACUAUUUAGUGCUUGGUUUAAGUUCUUAAAUACAUGUGUAACUUUUUUUUCAUUAAUUCCAUUCUGUAUUCCAGGCGUUUAUUGUUGCCUUUACGUCAGACAUGAUUCCACGAUUGGUCUAUUUCUACGCUUAUACGGAAAACAUGGAUUCUCGCAUGUCGGGAUACAUUAACAGCAGCCUGUCAUUUUUCGACGUUGUUGAUUUUUCAAAUGAUAGUAUGCCGAUAGAAAAUGAAAUGAACAUAACCACUUGCAGGUUUGUGAAAUGCUUGUAACAUGUAUUUAGAUUUAAGCAUAGUCAACUUGGGGCUCUAACUGACUUUGAUACAUUUUAAAUUAAAUCCCGAAUUUUAGAGACUGCUUUCCAAUGCUGGUAUUUUACAGUUCCAGAUUUCUGGAAAGCUUUAAUAAAAAAAUAAAAAAAAAGAUCUUGGGAUAUUUGCCACAUUUGCCUAGAACUCCUUAACCCCUUAUGGACACAUGACGGAAAUAUUCCGUCAUGAUUCCCUUUUAUUCAAGAAGAAAGAUUAGGUCAAUAAACAUUUAGCUGUAGCUGUAUUUAAGCCAUCACUCAAAGCAUAGAUUUACAAAUUAAAGAGUUUUUCCAACCUUUUGUUGUUGUUGUUGUUGUUGUAUAAUGUCCUAUUGGGCAUUAUUCUUUAAAUCCCCCCCCAGAAAAGUACCUCAAUCGUCUAACUUUACUAGAGGCACAUGGAGCUCCAAUUAAAGGCUUCUCAUAGAUUAGACUAUUCAACUGACUCAGAGUGCAUGUACGUGCUUCAAGCUCCAUUAAAACAUCAGAUGGGAAAGGAAGGAGGGGGAACUGCAAUCAUUUUGGGAGGGAGGGGAAAUACGGGCUUCCCCUUGCAGGCUCUGCUAAGGGGAAAGCAGUGGAGGUUUGUCGCCUGUGUGCAGUGCGCACUGACUCACAGACUUAAUUUAUCCAUAGAAUUGACAUUAGGCAGUCCGGAACAGAGUUCUAGGCUGCUUAAGUCAUGUGUGCUGGUGGAGCAACUAGUCCCCGACACACAAUUAAAAGUAACUUUUGGUUUUCAGUGUUUCAAGCUGUUCAGUGUUUUCCUACCACCAAAAAACAGAAGUGGUCAUGGUGGUUGGAGUAACCCUUUAGGUAUAUAUUUUUUUUGCAUGGUAUAAAAUGCAUGUUUUUUUUUUUUUUGCAAAAUCCACUUGUACCUUAUUUACUACUAUUUUGACUUUAACUUUCAAAAGGAAAUGGUGAGACAAGUAAAGUAAAAAAAAAAAUAAUAGUGCUGUAUAUUUGCAUAGCAUACGUCAUUAUGGUGUUUUGAGUUUCCUCAAUUUCCCUCUUUACAUUUAUUUCUAUUUACAUUCACAGAUACCGAGAUUAUCGCUAUCCGCCUGACCACGGGAGAAAGUAUUUGCACACAAUGCAGUACUGGCAUAUCCUUGCCGCAAAAAUGGCUUUCAUAAUCAUUAUGGAGGUUUGUAGAUAUCCUAAUUGUAUGUGCAAAUAUUGAUCAAUAUGUUGUUAAGUUAUUUGCAGUAAAAUGACUGUAUUAAAAACCCUGAAUGUUAUGUUGUUUAUGUUAUACAUGUUUAGAUUUCCCUAUAGCCAUAACUGUAAGAGUAUUUGUCAUUUAAUAUUACAUCUCUGAGUUAUUUCUGGGGGUUGUCAGAAAUUGAUUGAGGAAUUGGUAUCUAAGCCAAAAUGGAAUGGAAGUUCAAAAAAUAGCUGAAACAUUUUGCAGUAAAAUAAAAUAUAAAUUGCAAAAUUGAGGUAAAAACUGUUCUUUAUAAAAUUUCUCCUACUUUGUCAUAGUGAUAGCUUGGCUAUUUUAGCCUAAAUUUAGAAAUUAGAAAAUUUAAUAAAAUCAGUGUUUGGCGAAUAACCAUGUCUAUGUAACAUUUUUUUAUUCCAAGCAGUUUAAGGUGUUGUAGGGUCUGUUAGAUCAGAAAUUGUGUUCCUCGUUCACGAGAGCCCUUUUAAUUUCGGCUGGGUUAUUCACUAAAAUGUGAAUUGUCGGUAUUAAAAGUGAAUUCAAAGUAUCCAAAUUCACAAAAUUGCUGAUUUGAUGAUUUUUUUUUUCAAUUGGACUAUUUUAGACAAAACUUUUCAAUUUACACCAAAGUUGCUGUAUUUUGGAAUUAUCAAAUAAAUAGUUUGAAUUUUGGAGAUUAUCUAGUUUAGUGCAUAGUCCUCUCGAUAGAGCAGAACAUUUUUCUCUAAUGUGGAAGAGAAAAAAGUAAAAACAUAAAAAUGAAAUUUCUCCCCUGUAUAUCUUUUAACUUGUAGUAUUGGCAUAUUUUGAAGACGCGUGUAUAAAUAUUCAAUGUAACCGGUCUUUCUUGUGUUUUUUUUGUAUUUUGUAGCACGUUGUUUUUGUUGUGAAAUUCUUUGUUGCCUGGCUGAUUCCUGACGUCCCAUCAGAGGUCAAAGCGAGAAUCAAACGGGAAAAGUAUCUCACCCAAAAAAUCCUUCAUGAGUAUGAACUCUGCAAGUGGCAGGAGAAACUGCGGGAAAAAAGCAACUGUGCGGAAGUGGCGAAACAGGUUUUUGCCUCAAAAGGAAAGGUUCAGCUGUCUGCCGCCAUGUAGCAAAGUGCAUUGGUGAAACAUUGUGAAAUUCACUUAAACCGCCACAGUCUGUGCCUUUUUCCUCUCAUUUCCUCUGGCGAGAGAGAGCACGACUAUCCGCGGCCUCUGACAAUAAACUUGUUAUUAUCACUGCUGCUUCGAGCACUCGAGCUAUUGCAUGACAGCCGUAUGUAACAAUCAUGUAUCCGACUUUCGCUCUGUGCUCUCCACAUGAUGGGGCACUUAUGUGGAACCCAUGACUGAUGACCCUGCGGCUUAGAACCUUGAACUAUAGUAUACAGAAUCCAGCCUACCAAUUGCUGGGUUCCCAUAUCAGCCGCAUAAACAUGGCAGUGAGGCCACCUAAAAUUGUGACAUAUUCAAAUGACAAGAAUUUUUUAAAUAAUUUUAACUGCUAGCUUGCCAAUAGGUUAGCACAAAGUUAUGAUAGAUUAACUGCCCUAAGUGGCAACCAAAGAUAUAUUGUGGGCUUUUAAUUAAAUGACUGUUUACUUUUUCAGCGCAAACAUGCAGGAAGUGGUAGAAGACAUCAUUAAAGAUCGGUGCAGUGUUUGAAUUCCAAACCCACUUUUCAAUUGAUUAUCUUCAUAUCCAAGACAAAAUAUAUUUGUCGCUGGGGCUUUUCAUUUGAACCUGCACUUUUUUUAAUUGUACCUGUUAAAUUCGUGCUGCUGUUCCUCGAGAGAGGUCUAUAUUACGCAGGAAUUAAGUUUCAGAAUAUAGUCCUUUGCAUGCGAUGUUUCUGUCAAUUAUCGAAGACAAGAUUUUAUCUGCUGAAACUUACGUUCCAUGUGCAUAUCUCCCUUUAACAGCAUUUAAAGGGACCCUCCGGCACCCUGCUACGUUAGGAACAGUGUGUAGGUUAGAGUAAAAUUAAUUAAUGCUGGCAGUGAUUUCCAUUUACUAAUUUUAAUAAAUACUUUUUAUUCAUAACCCCACUUAUUCUGCAACUCCUCUCCUUCCCCAACUGAAGCUUAUCAAUUUUUACUCCAAUAACAUAUAUGUAAAUUAUGUAAUGACACAUAGUCGUCGUAUCUUGAGAUGCUGUGCGGCAGGAAUCUUUGGUAGUUGUAGUUCAGCUAUCAGCUGUUUACAAUAGAAAUUACUGUACCAUACACGGUGAGUUACAACUCCCAUAAUCCCCUGCUGCACAGUGAUUCCUAAAUUAAGUUCAGCAAUUUAUGAGAUACGUUCAGCAUUCCUAACGAAUGCAAACAGAGUGUCUGGAUUGGCUGAGCCAUAUCCUGGCUUGUUGACUACUCACUGUAAAAUAUGCAAAUCCUGGGGAUCUGCAUUACCUUUAAAAUGAGUAAUUUUUCUUGCAUUUAUUUAAUAUUUUUUUGCAUAUUUUUUAAAGUGUAAUCUACAUAAUGCUUUAAAAUAAAUGUGAUCCAUCCAACUUGAAUCAAAGCCCCUUCAUGCCUCACCCCCUCCCCCAGUAUAUUCUUAAGAUUUUAGAUUUUCUAUAAUGCUAAAAUGAGCAGUUAAAUUACGUUCUCUGAAAUAUGUGGAGCACGGUUCAGUCACUUGCGCUGGAGGACCAUCAGACAUGGAUAUGACAAUUAGCUGGUAGCUAAUAAUAUUCAGCCAUUUUACUAAGCCUACCUCUGGUAACUACAAUAGCCAUUUAUUUAAAAUAAAUAUAUAUGAAGUAGCAAACAGUACGAGCUGUUUGCGUUUAUGCUGUCAAUGCACCUUGGGUAUUUUUAUUCCCAUAAAAUUCUGAAUAUUUGUAUGUCUUUUAAUAUAAAUAUUUUUUAAUAUCCUGCCAAGCCUUUUUUUGUGCUGUGCCUUGAUUUGUUAUUUUUUUUUAUAUAUUGUGAUUCUAUUAAUGCUUAUCCUACCUAGGGCAUAGAUGUAUCAUUCUCUUUAGGCAAAAUUUUGUGUUCUUGUUAAAAUAGAUACUUUUGUUAAGAUUUUUUUUUUUUUUUUAAAUGGCUAAAAUUGUUUCACUUACAACACUUAAAAGUUCCCGGUUACAGGUCUACGAUGAUCUAAUGUAUUAUUGUAGUAUGUGCAGAGUUUUCUUAUAGCAUCACAGGAUGUGUGCUGGUUUACUAUGGUAUCACAGAAAGUAUCAGUGUUUAAGCUAGUUAUUCAGUGACGUGCAUAAAAACAACAAAUUGUGUAAUAUUAUGGGAUAUGCUCAAUAUUUGCUAAUGCUUCUGCCUACAAAUCACACACACACACACAAAAAAAUAAUUAUUUAUUUUAUAUUUUUUUUUAUUAUCUUUAACCAUUUAAGGAUCAGUGAUUGGACAAAUCCUUUGAUAUUAUGAAAUGUCUAGUCAAUAAGAGGUUGCUAGUGUACCUUUACACUAACUUGUCAAAUAAUUGCACUGCACUGAAAAUAAAUAGCAGGAAUUAUGUUUUGUUUUAUAAAUGUUAAAUUAUGGAUUAUUUUCUUGUCGAUAAGUACAGAGUGCAAUCCAUCCAAUUUGUGAUUUUUAAAUUAGCAAAAUGAAUUAAACAAAAAGUGAAGAGAGAAAUAUUUGGUCAAAUCCAGCGCAUUCUCAUUACUCAUUGCUUUGCGAUGCUUUGGUGAUCACUUGGCAUAGAAAAUGUGGGAUUAAUAUAAAAUUUAGGCCUGUUGGUUUUAUUUCGUUAUUGUGAUACUUUGUAAAACAUUUAUAAGAAUAUUUUUCAAAUAUGACAUGUGAAAUAUAUUAAAAUUAUUGUAUAAAUAUAGAAAUGACAUACGCAUUUCACAAACUACGAGAGCUGCUUGCCUGAACGUUUUACAAGCCAAGGAAUUCUUCUGCUCAUUAUUCUGCUUUAGUUUUUUAUUUCAUGUGGAACAUCUGUUUUAUUACCUCUCUGUAACUCCUUAAGUGCCUAUCGAGGGCAGUAGAUACAUCACAGUACCUGGCUGGUUUCUAUAUGCAAAACUGUAUUUUAACGCUGCUCAAACCCCCUACUACUUGUCUACUUGUCUGAAGGAACUCUAAUCCUAUACCGCUCACUACAGCUUGUUGCUGAUGCGUAGUUUGUAAGCUUUGCCAAGAUAAUUCCUUCCCAGUAUUAUUGUCCUCCGCUCAAUGUCACACGUUGAUUUGCUGUCAAUGGCUUUAGUUUGGUGCUGAUUACCCAACUACAGAAAACAAGCUGUUGACUUGGGAUCCAGAGGUGGUAAAAGGUCUUCAAACUCUCCCCCCUCCCAAUCCCCCCGGUUCAAGAAUCUAGACAGAUUUUUUUUAAAUGGUUAUAAAGCGACUGGUCUUAAUGGAAUUUUUACAAACACUCUUUUUGAGGGUCGUGAGAUAUAACUAAAGCCAGUGCAAGGAGAGAGGGCACAUCCUCAGGGCAACCAAAUGAUGUAAACGUUUCAAUGACAUUGUGUGUCAAACAAUUGCUAAGUUAAUAUAUAAAGGGAAAUAUUUAAAAACACUAUCUGAUUAUUUUUUUUAACUUGUGUAUUUUAUAUUUUUCUGUUGAAGUUUGAUCUGUGAAAUAAACAGCCUAGGUUAUAUAUUUAAGUUUGUUUUCUAUUUGUCGUUAUUCCUUUCCUGUACACAGUGUGAACUCAUAUGAAGAAAAUAAAUGCUACUAUUUAAGCCCGCAAA